AGAUAGUCUGCGAAGGAAGGCAUGUUGUGAGUUCUGCAGCAUACUGACUAAUCACAGGUGCCUUCCGUAUGGUUUGUGCUUAAGGAGAAAAUGAAGAACCCUUUGAUCCCACCUUUGACAAAGUCCAUCAGCCUCAUCUUUUAACAGGCUACAAGGAAUCGUUUUUUUAGAUAUAAAUAUACAUGUUUUCCCAAUGCCCCAUUUUUUUUGGAUAGUCGUGGAAAGCAGCCCUGGAGAACAGGUUUUUUAAUUGGGGGGAGGGGAGGAGAAGUGGCACCCCAUUUUUGCAAAAUGUGGGGGGCUGCUGCUUGUUUCUUCCUCACGUCAAGCCUCCCCCCUUUGGUUCCUUCUCUUACCCGCUGGAUUACCUGUGCCCUCUGGAUGGAUGAAAGAAGGUUUUCCUUACACUGACCUGGGUCUCUUUCUCUCUCGCUAUCAUUUUUGGAUCACACAGAAGAAGAAGCACUAAGCGCCCAUCUCCGACACAAAGCCAGGCAAGAUUGGGGGUGAACAACCCCCACCCUCACAGACCUGCACCCCCUCUAAGCUAACAUGGGAUGUAACAUGUGUGUGGUUCGGAAACCAGAGGAGCAUUAUAAAGUGAUGCUGCAGGUAAGAGACAGAAGAGGUGACAAUGAUGGCAUGGACAGAAUGAGGAGGCACAGAUGGCAUAAACAGAAUGCGGUGGCAAGACUUGGGGCAAAGGAGAGGGCAAAAAAAUAUGCAUGGGAGAUUAUGGGGUGGUAACUGCGUUAGACGAAAAAAAAGAUGCCUUGAUUAGAUAGAGUCUAAUCUAUAGCAGACUGGAUGCUUGUGUAAAUCAGAUGGGCACGAGGAGUGGAGGUGGUCAAUAUUAGCAAAUAUAACUGUGAGUGUAUGAAAUGCAUACAAGUGAUAAAAAAUAAAAUAAAAAAAGAUAGAGUAAUAGUAUAAAGAGUAAUAAAGGGUUGUGAGAUGCAUAGCAGAUUCAAUCCUAAUUCUAGAUAUCUUCCUUUGCCUACACACCCUCCGUCUCUGUCUUUUACACACCCACACACGCUUCGCUUCACACACUCGCGCACAAAUAAACAUAUACUCAAACUAACACGUCUAAAACCAACACGCUGCCAUUUGUCCAUCUCCUUUGCAUAAACAGUUUCCAACAUACCAAAUCGAGCUUUUGAUUUUAUGCACAUUUUUCUUCUCUCAUACGAACACUCACAUACACACAUACAUACUUUCCCCAAAACAACAUUCAUACAAACGAGUUCACAUAUGAUGUUAUCAACACAACCAAGCUCCCAUAUAUAUUAUAUUCAUAUUAUGUCUUACCCACAUGCAUGCACACUGUCUACACAAACUCUCACGUGUCACCUGCAUGUGUAUGAAAGGCAUGUUAACCCCUUAAGGACACAUGACAUGUGUGACAUGUCAGGAUUCCCUUUUAUUCCAGAAGUUUGGUCCUUAAGGGGGUUAAUGGGCAUUUUAUGUCUUGCACAUACGUGUUCUGGAACAGACAGAUUAUCCCUCUUUCUUUGAGUCUCACAUGUGCUUCCAUACAAAGCUACAUACAUUCUCUUUCACACGUGUUAUCUCAGACACAUGUAUGCACACACACACAUGCAGUGAAGUUGUAAUACCUUCAGAAUGUAGGUUCUUGCACAUGACUUGUGAUAAAUCACUGUAUCCAAGCGUACUGUGAUUCAGCACUGGAUAAAGUAAUGACACCCAAGAGCCAGACAUUUGUCAUGUAUUACAUGUCUAGUUAAUGUCACGUCUUUAUUUGCUCUGGUGCGUUUUUAUAUAUAUUUAUUUAUGAAUCCAAGCACGAUAUUCCUGGUUUUAAAAUAAUACAUUUUAAAGAUAACAUUAUUGCUUCUUUUAAAAAGCAAUGUUUUUAUCAGCAGUAAACCAUAACACGUGCUUAUGUAUCCGUGUACGUGUUUUUGAAUGCACUGUGUAUCUAUUCUGUGUGUCUGGUGCAUGUAUUUGUGCAUUUGAUUACAUGGGUGUGUGUGUUAGAAUUUCUGGCUUUCAAAUGGAGAAUGGGGGAUGGGGGUAAUAUCACCAGUUAAUUAAUUUUGUAGGUGGUCUGCAACUGGUAAUAGAAAUCACAUUUAUAUCUUCUUGUUUAAUCUUAUAGUUAGAUGCUUCUUUUAAGCUAAAAUAUAUACUCAAGUCCUAUAUUUGUGCGUUGUACAUGUGCAUGUUGAUUUUACAUACGUAGUGUUUUAUUUAGGAGAAUGAGGUUGCACUUAUAACAUAUUUGGAUAAAGAGGUUCCUGUACACCCUUUGCCAUGAAUUAUAUAUACAUUUCUUUAGGUCCCACAGGUUAUACACCUGAGUGUGUUCAUUAAUCCCCCCCCCCCCAGAUCCUCCCCAUCACUUCACUUGGGACUAGAAUUGUCAAAUUAAAACCAUGUUACAAGUCACAAAGAACCCUGGUACUCUUACUAGCCCACAGCAUCAAUUCUGUUCAACUACUAAGCCUUUCCUUUUCCAGUCUAAUGCUGGAAGGACAUGCCAAAUUAUUGCAUGUCAUUUAAAGGGCUUGCGGGGUGUGAUGGACCCCUGAAGAUGGUAGGGCUGCGAUGGACCCCUGAAGAUGGUAGGGGUGUGAUGGACCUCUGAAGAUGGUAGGGGUGCGAUGGACCCCUGAAGAUGGUAAGGGUGCGAUGGAUCUCUGAAGAUGGUGGUGGUGUGAUGGACCCCUGAAGAUGGUAGGGGUGCAAUGGACCCCUUAAGAUGGUAGGGGUGCGAUGGACCACAGAAGAUGGUAAGGUUGCGAUGGAUCCCGGAAGAUGGUAGGGGUGUGAGGGACCUCUGAAGAUGGUAGGGGUGCGAUGUACCCCUGAAGAUGGUAGGGGUGCGAUGGACCCCUGAAGAUGGCAGGAGUGCAAUGGACCCCUGAAGAUGGUAGGGGUGCGAUGGAUCCCGGAAGAUGGUAGGGGUGCGAGGGACCUCUGAAGAUGGUAGGAGUGCGAUGGACCCCUGUAGAUGGCAGGAGUGCGAUGGACCCCUGAAGAUGGUAGGGGUGCGAUGGAUCCCUGUAGAUGACUGGCAGCAAGCUGUUGGCCCCUCGGGUCAGUAGAGUUAUUCUACGCAGACUGCAGCAUGGCACUGUGUAAUGAAUGGGGUGGGAGGGCUCAGUCUCUUGGAGGUGCUCGGUACUGAUCUAUUUGGACCUGUCUUGUCUAUUGUUUCCUGGCCUUUCCUUUCAUUGUGCGAUUUAUACCCCUGCUGCAUCUCUCCCUAUUCUUUCCUGUAUGCCAUGGUUUCUCCCAAGCUAUUUUAUUUAUUUCACCUUUCAUCCUAUUACAUUUAUAUUUGCCCUUUCUUCCCCGUACCUUCCACGCUCCCCCUCUCGCCUCUUCUCUCUAUUCUAUCAGCGUGGGCUUACAUUACAUUUCUUCCAAAUCUAUAGUUUUACCUUUUUCACCCCCACCACCUCUCACUCUCUUUCUCCCUCUCUCUCUUUAUUUUGUUCUCCUUCAAUCUAUUACUUGUUCUUUCAUUCUCUGUCUUGCUUUCUCUCUCUCUAUUGCUCAUUCUGUCUGUCUCUUGUUCUCUCUUUCGCUCGGUCUCCUACUCUUUCUCUCACUCUCUCUAUUGUGUUCUCGUUCUCGUUCUCAAUGAUUUUUUUCUGUCGCCCUCUCUAUCCUGUUCUCAGUAAUGUUUUAUCUAUCACUCUGUCUUAUUAUCUUUCUUCCCUCUCCUCUUCUCAUACUCACACAAACCUUCUAAAACCACUCACACUGACCUUCUAAAACCACUUUCACUCACUCUAACCUUCUAAAUCCACACUCAAUCAUACUAACCUUAUAAAACCACUAUUACUUCUGUUAAUCUUCUAAAACCAUGCUCACUCACACUAACCUUCUAAAACCACUGUCACUCACACUAACCUUCUAAAAUCACGUUCACUUACAGUAACCUUCUAAAGCCGUGCUCACUCAUAAUAACCUUCUAAAGCCAUGCUCACUCAUACUAACCUUCUAAAACCAUGCUCACUCACACUAACCUUCUAAAGCCGUGCUCACUCACACUAACCUUCUAAAACCAUUCACCAUUUUUCCCGUUUAGAUCUUUAUCAUUCUCUUCCUUUCUCCUGUUUUCAUUCCAUCGUGCUGUCUCUCCUAUAUUUUCUGUGUUACACUCUCCCACAGAUUCUCUUCCUGCUCCUUCCUGUCCCACACUCUCUUACUUCUCAUCAAAUGUCUCUAUCCCACUAAGCUUCACAUUUCUCUCUCUCCUUCCUCUGCUGUCUCUAUGUAACUCUCUCUUUCAGUGUUCUCUUGUACUCUCCCUCACAAAUAUUGAUUCCAAUUCUGUCUCUCUUACUCUCACACGCUCUCUCAAUCUCUCAUUUUAUUUAACUUUCAUUCUGAUUAUCAUUUUCUCAUACUUCUUACACACAAAACUCUGUCUCCCACCGAUAUUCCCCUUCACAUCUUCACUCACAUCUAUUCUCUAUUCUCACAUCUCUUUGCUCACUCUCUGUCACACAUUUCUUCUCUCUCUUACACUCAAAAGACUAGAUAUCUCUUUUUCUUUCACUUUCUUACCCACCGUGUCAUACUAUAUUACUUCUGUCUCUUUAAAACACACAUACCUGCAUACACACAUGUAGAAAGACAUACCUGCACACACACAUAUAUAGGCACAUAUACCUGUUUAUACACAUACAUACACAUACCUACAUACACACAUAUACAUAGACAUACCUGCAUAUACGCAUACAUACAAACAUACACACAUAAACAUGCCUGUAUUUAGAUAUACAUACACACCCAUACCUACAUACACAGACACACACAUACCUGCAUAUACACACAUGUACUCAGACAUACCUGCAUAUACACAUACACACAUGCCUACAUACACUUAUACACAGACUUGCUUGUAUAUAUACUUACCUGCACACACAUACCUGCAUAUACAUGCACACAUACAAACACAUACAUACAUACAAACACACACACAUAUACUCUCACAUACUUGCAUAUACACAUACCUGCAUACACACACAUGCAAACCUCCAAAUAACCACAUCCCUGCACACACAUAUAUAUACCUACAAACACAUGCCUACAAACAUACACACAUACCUACACACCCACAAAUACACAAAUACCUAUGUAAACACACACAUAUCUACAUACAUAUACAAACACACACACACAGUAAAGCGCACACACUUCCUUCCCUCCUCCAGUCCGCUCCUCCUUUCCUGGAGUCCUUCACCCUAGUCGAUGUCUUUCUUCCGUUUUGAUCCUUCUGGGAAUGUUUUCUUGUGGAGGGAAGAAGAAGAAGAAGGGUUUUAUUAUCCCGAUACAGCCACCUUAAAGCUUCUCUUAGAUUCUGUUGGCAACAGCCCAUAAUAAUGAAUCUUGUGGUUUCAGUCCUGGAGCAGAUUGUGUGACUGGAAUAGCAAGCCAGAUCAAUGGAAACUCUGGGAGAGAUGAGAGAGAAAAGGGAUUGAAAGUAUAAAAAGCAUGAGAGGUCAUUAUGUGUGACAGAGAAAUCAACUUUGGCAGGAUUGUCACCUUCUGACAUUAUUCCUUUCACAAUGUGCACCAUUCUUGUAACAACAGACUAUUCCGAAUUAAAUACACAGACAUUGUAUGGCUGCAUAAUGCUUUCCAUACUUAGCUUAUCCUUAAAUAGAUAGAUAGAUAUAGAUCAUUUAAUAUUUUAAAAAUAUAUUUAUUAACAUUUUCAGAUAUGGAUUGCAUAUUUUGUAUUAUCCAGGAAGAAUAUACUGUGUAUAAUGGGAGAUUUAAUUCAGAGUAGCAGAUACAUAUAUGAUGAGAUAAACAGACUGUCAGACAGAGAGUGAAAGAGACAGACAGACAGACAGAUAGACAGAUAGAUAGAUAGAUAGAUAGAUAGAUAGAUAGAUAGAUAGAUAGAUAGACAGACAGACAGACAGAUAGAUAGACAGACAGACAGAUAUAUAGACAGACAGACAGACAGAUAGAUAGAUAGAUAGAUAGAUAGAUAUACAGAACGACAGAGGCAGAUAGAUAGAUAGACAGACAGACAGACAGACAGACAGACAGACAGACAGAUAGACAGAUAGAUAGAUAGAUAGAUAGAUAGAUAGAUAGAUAGAUAGAUAGAUAGAUAGAUAGAUAGACAGACAGACAGAUAGAUAGACAGACAGACAGAUAUAUAGACAGACAGACAGACAGACAGACAGACAGAUAGAUAGAUAGAUAGAUAUACAGAACGACAGAGGCAGAUAGAUAGAUAGACAGACAGACAGACAGACAGACAGACAGACAGAUAGAUAGAUAGAUAGAUAGAUAGAUAGAUAGAUAGAUAUACAGAACGACAGAGGCAGAUAGAUAGACAGACACAUUCAUUUUAGAGAAAAAGUGAAAAAUAAAUUAUACAGGCAGAAAUAUACUAGAUAUAGAGACAGACAAACGAGAUAGAUAGAUAGAUAGAUAGAUAGAUAGAUAGAUAGAUAGAUAGAUAGAUAGACAGACAGACAGAUAGAUAGAUAGAUAGAUAGAUAGAUAGAUAGAUAGAUAGAUAGAUAGAUAUAGGGAGAUAGAUAGAUAGACAGACAGACAGAUGGACAGAUAGAUAGACAGACAGACAGACAGAUAGAUAGAUAUACAGAACAACAGAGGCAGAUAGAUAGACAGACAGACAGACAGAUAGAUAGAUAAAUAGAUAGAUAGAUAGAUAGAUAGAUAGAUAGAUAGAUAGAUAGAUAGAUAGAUAUACAGAACGACAGAGGCAGAUAGAUAGACAGACACAUUCAUUUUAGAGAAAAAGUGAAAAAUAAAUUAUACAGGCAGAAAUAUACUAGAUAUAGAGACAGACAAACGAGAUAGAUAGAUAGAUAGAUAGAUAGAUAGAUAGAUAGAUAGAUAGGCAGAAAUAUACUAGAUAUAGAGACAGACAAACAAGAUAGAUAGAUAGAUAGAUAGAUAGAUAGAUAGAUAGAUAGAUAGACAGACAGACAGACAGAUAGACAGACAGACAGACAGACAGACAGACAGAUAGAUAGAUAGAUAGAUAGAUAGACCUCUGUGACUAUAUUUGUUUGUAUAUGUGAGUGUAUCAGAGCAAUCAGGCAAUAACAUAAUUUUGGUUUCCAUGGUGAUUGCUCCACUUUUAGAACUUUGCAUUACAAUUGUUUCUUUUUUAUACGUAACCCCCAACCCCCUAUUGUGUUCCACGUGAGAUGUGAAGUUGCUAUGGCAGCAGUCUGGGAAUUCAGCCAAUCCAAGUGUAGUUACAACUUUAGUUACAUUGUUACUGAAUUGGUUUUAGAAAUGUGAUCGCGUAACCGUAAAUAAAGAUAAGCCUGGCAAUUUCCAUUUUCUAUCACUUACUCCUCGCCUAUUUUGUUAGCCUCCAAAAUACAUUAAGCACUUCCUUUACUCGACACUUGCAUCCUGCGUGCAUUUAAUAUCCUCCAUUGUGUCUUUUGUGGAGCGUUAAGUACGAUGUUGUUGCUAUAGAAAUGGGACUAUAUGUGUGACGCAGCGCCUACUCCCUACGUUUCCUCUGAAUGAUAAUUAAAAGUCUUAUUUCUUGUAAUACCAGGAAAAAGAUAACACAAAAAUCAAUAUAUGAGCAUGUUAUUGUGUAACAGUUACAUGCAGCUAAAAUCUGUACCUUUUAACGGAUUUGACAUGAAUUGCAAUGCAAUGUGUUUCUAUGUAGGCAAAGAGAGUCGUCAUAUUAAAAGACAAGUAAUUAAAGAGCCUUCACUCCAAACAGCAGUCUCCGAGGUACAUAUACACUAAAGGGUGUAAAAUAUCUCCCUGACAAGGCUAUUCAAUAAAGGGAUGUAUAACUGAGCUCCACGUUGUAUAGAAUAGAAAAAUGAAAUCUAGGCAGAAAAUAGUCAAUAAACCUCUAAAAGGUGAAUGAGUUUGUUUUCGUGACACUAUAGUGAUCCUUUAAAUUUUCAACCCAUCGUUUAACAAAUAUUCUCCAUUAAAAUAUUUCCUUAAGGUCUUUUCUCUAAAGAAGAAAUUGUGAAGAAUUGACAAGGAAAUUGUCAUCCAAAAUGGGAAAUUAAAAAAAAAAAUCCAAAUUUCAGCUAUUUUCCAACUUGGCUAAAUGUCACAUUUAAGUUUCCUUUGUCCACAAUUAGUUUAGUGAAUAGCCUCCAAUUCUAUUUAAUGUGAAAACACAGAUAUAAUUAAAGAGGCGCUCCACUUCCAAAAUACAAAAAAAGAAAUAAAUCAUUAUAUAAUUGGUGUACCCCAAUAACAAUAUGUAUGCAUAUACUUAUGCAUUUUUUGUAUUGGUGGUAUAUCUAAGAACAGUUUGCAAGCCCUCCCCUUCUAACCCCGCCCAGACUUUCUGUGGCUGUCCAAUCACAGACUUCCCAAUGCAGCUCAAUGGGAAGUCUUUGCCAGGUAGGUGCUUUGGGCAGUUGUUGCCUAUUGAGUUUAGUUCCACUGAGGUAAAGAAACAAGGAAGUAACAGGAGCUGUUGUCUGAUUGACAGCCUGGGGGUGGGCGUAACAAGUUUAAUUUAAAAAAAAGUAAAAUUUCUAAUGAAAUCUGCACUUUUUAUAAAAUAUAUGACACAUUCUACAUAGAUACCGCACUCCAGGAAGCUAAAGUUUAUUGUGUUUGUUGAGGGGCUCUUUAAGAGAGCACAGGAGUCCUGUAUGAGAAAAUCGCUUGCAUUUACUCUGUGAGCUGUCCGCAGUGCUGAAAUACUAGUUACAAUACAUUAGACAUGCUGAGAUCUCUGUAAGCAGAUCUGUACAUUUCUCAAAAUCUCUCCACGAUUGCAGCAUUGGGGGAAGUCAUAUUACCAUAUUAUUGGAAAACUGUGGUUGGUGACUGUUUUAUAUGUGAAAUAAUAGCUCUGUUAUUUACAUAACAAGGGAUGGGUUCUUAGAGCUAAAUAUUUGACAUUGUUCCCCUGCCAAAUCCCAAUCACACACAAGCCCCCUGCAACAAUAGUCAGUUUUUUUUUGCAAGGGGUUUGCACCUAUCCCCUAAUGAGUGGCUGGUUACUAUAGAUAUUGGAAGCAUAAAAUGCUGAGAAAAAAGGUCUCACGAUAUCCCAGAAGACUGUUUUGACAGCCAGGUUUAGAUGCUGAUAAACUGUUAAAUGUGACUGACUGUCACAGGAUGCUUGUGGGUGAGACUCUGUGUUAGUGAGUGACAGUAAGAGAAUUUGCAGAGAUAACAGCACAAUCAGAGAGAGCAUAUCUUACGACUCAAAGGCUGUCACUUGCAAACAGUUCCCAAAACAACGGCGCGCUACGGAAUAAAAAACUGCACUGAAAAAAAUACUAAGUAUUAAAUUAGGAACUUCACUGUAGCUUGGUACCAAUAUUACAAAAACAUGCACACAAACAACACACUAAAAACAAAACACACAAAGACUAUGAGAUUUAUUCUCUGAACUGCAGUGAACUGAAACCUGAAUUGUUAAAUAAAGGCUAUUCAGCUAUUUUUGCAAUUAGUUUUUUGUUUUUUUUAAAUCACUAAAAUUCACAGAGUUAUUCACUAGAGAAUUGUUGGGAAUUCAAAGUAAAUUUCAAAUUGUAUUUCUAAAUAUUGAGUUCAUAGCGUAGCUGACUUGGAAAAUUGUUUAAUUCUUACAAAGGUUGUUACUUUGGUGCAGUGAUUUUUAAUAUUAUGUUUACUUAUCCCUAUAGUUAAGAAUUAUGCAUUUGUGAGGUGAGAAAAAAAAAUGAAAAUGAAAUGUAGAAAAAUCUAAACUUUAUCCUUCAAAUGGUUGCCUCCAUGUUGGUUCCCUGUCAGUCAUGGUUAUAAGCUCUGCCCUUUGCAUCUGUCUGUGAGCAUAGAGAGGAGAGGAGACAUUAAACAAUGCAUCUAUUUCUCAUCCUCAUUUGACACAAAUUGUCCUUGCUUUGCCUAGAAUAAAAUGGAUGAUGACCUAAAUCUUUAAUAUAAAUAUAAACAGAUAUAGAGAAUUACUUGAAAAUAGGUUUACAGAAGUUUUAAGUGAUUUUCAAUGUUUUAUUAAGGGGUGUAAAUCCCUCUGGCACAUGAACUGAAACCGAGCAUCUGAUAGAGCAGAGGUAAGCAAUCUAUGGCACUCCAUAUGUUUUGGACUACAUUCCCCUAGGUGCUUGGACAGCAUCAUUUCUGUAAUAGCAUUAUUGGAGAUAUAGUCCACAACAACUACAGUGCCAAAGAUUGCCUACCCCUGUGAUAAAGCAUCAUGCUAAAAAAUAUAUUUGUGGGUUUUUUCUCUGCCAUUUAGGAGUUAAAUCACUUUUGUUUCUGUUUAUGCAGCCCUAGCCACACCUCCCCUGGCUGUGACUGACACAGCCUGCUAGUAAACAAAAGGGUUUCAUUUUCAAUCAGAUGUUAACUUUCUGUAAAAGUUUUCCUCUGUUGCUGUCACUUGUCCUGUAUUUACACACAGGAGGCCACUGCAGGGUCUAAAAGGCUAUUAACAGAGAAGGAGAUACGAAAUUCUAAAUUAAACAGACUGUGCAAUAAAGGAAGUUUAAGUCACAUGCAGGGAGGUGUGACAAGGGCUGUAUAAACAAAGUAAUUUUACUCCUAAAUGGCAGAGAAUUGAGCAGUUAGACUGCAUGACUUAUAGUUGAUUUGAUGCCUGUAGUGUCCCUUUAAAGGUGAUGAUAGUUCCAACCUGCAAAGUUGCAUAAAUCAGAGUGUGACAUGCUAAGAAGACUUUGUAUAAUACAAAACAGUGUCAGUAGGGAGACUCUAAAUUUACAGGAAAACGCUGAUUCUCUUUAUUUUACUCAGUCUGUACAGGCAGUGGAUAUAAUUAUAAUAGCUAGCCAUGCAUGUGUUGGUUCUAAGAUUGAGGGUAUUAACUCUAAGAGGUGCCAGAGAAUAUGAAAGUGAAAAAAAAAAUAUCCCACAUUUCAUCACAAAAUACUGGUACAUUAAUCAUCUUAAAUUGAUGGGUUUUGGGAAAAUUAACCCCUUCUUGACAAAUGCAGUCACAUGAAGAACAACCAGGGUCAUAAUGGUCGCGACAGCAACCGAGACCUGGAGUUCUGCCUGCCACGACAGGCCCAGGCCAGUAGGGGGACCCGCUUGUAAAACUGGACAGGAUUGUAUUGAACUAAAAUGUUAGAAUGACAAAUUGUGACUAUAGCUAUUUUUUCAGAUCAUAUCGAGAAAUGAAAUAUCUUGCACCAAUAAGAUCCUUUGUUGCUGUUGCUGUAUUCCUGUGAUGCACUAUGAAUAGGCAUAUUCCAUUUCAAAUCCUAGGCUGAAUGUCGGGGUGCUCCUAUCUUAAGUGAGCACAUGACCCAAAAGGGGUUACAUGAAAUAAUUAGACUUAGGAACCACUAAGGCAGAGUGAAGAGGAUUUAAACAACACACCCUCGCCUGCAUUUUGGUUGAGUUGCUACUAUCUCGCGGCUUGCACACUACUGAAUUUAUAAUACAGUUCAGAUCAUGAAAAAGGCAUAAUGGAAUUGGAAAAGGUCCAAAGAAUGGCAUCAAAAUUAAUAAAGAGGAUUAAAUGAUGAACUCGACAAAGAAAACACAAUUUCUUCAUUGAAGAAAAAAGGCGCUCAAGAAAUUAUUACCAUGUAUCAAUAAAGUGACCUCUCAGGGGACCUGAUCAUCCCAAAGAACAUGCAAACAAGAGGACAUUACUUAAUAAUGCUAAAUAAAACGCAGUGGGGUUAUCUUUUGGAUUAACAAAGACAGACAGAUAGAUAGAUAGAUAGACAGACAGACAGACAGACAGACAGGCAUAUAGACAGACAGACAGACAGAACUAUAAUCAUGAACUUUACACUAAGUAAGUAGAGCUACAGAUAGACAAUAUAAAAUAUUUCGAUGAAAUACUCGCGCCUGUAACUGAAACAGAUACAUGAAUCAAUUAAUAGAUUUCAUUGCAUUUUAAUAUAAUGUGCAAUGAAUUGCCCCUUCAGUAACUACAUUAAAAGUUUCAGAAUUUACAAAAAGUAAACACAUUUAGAGAUUUGACUUAGACCUUACGAAACGUACUGAUUACUCUGUCUCAUUUCGAAAUAUGGCUAAGCGCUAGGAACUACAGAAGCAAAUUUUAAAGUAUUUACCUGCACCUGUCGGGCCGCGUGAGCCGAACAGGCAAUACUUUAUACUUACCAUUCAGCCCAGCGAACAGCACCCUCUGCUGGUUUGCAUUGGCCAAAAUCAUUUUAGCUGUUUUCUUCCCUGCAAUAUAUUAGACGCUGCCCGUUUCAAUGGCGCAUUGUUUAUAAAUUAAAAUGCUGUGAUGUCAUGCCCACCCUUUAAGUCACCACGUCCUCCAGUUGACCUCAUUACCAAACAUUUCAGAGUCACAGAGGUAAUGUGGACCAAUCAGAAACAUAGUUAGCCUGUAUAAUGCCUAUUUGGACCCUUAUUUUUCUGCCUUGAUAAACGUUAAUGUUUAUAGUAAGUCUUUCUUUAUAUAUUCUGAUGUUGACCAUGGCUUGUAUUUGACUUUGUGUAUUUCUGGUAUCCUGACCUGGCUUGUUUUGUGACCUUGAGUAUUUCUAUUAUCCUGACCUGGCUUGUUAUUCCAUUUAUCCAUAUUUCUAUAUUCCUGACCAUAGCUAUUACACACUUUGUCUUUAUCUUUUAGUUCGGCCACUUUAAGGCCGGAUAAUAUGUUUAUCUAGUACCUCUGUUAGUGGGAUCUGCUACUCCUAUAAGAUGGGAUACAACCUUGUGACACUGAUUAACCAAAGGCAGCAAACACGAGGUACAGAGACCCCUCUAUGGCCCAACAAAAUUAAAGAACACAAAAGGUACAGGAAACAGGUGGCACCUAACCAAAUUAACAAAGUAUAAAGAGCAAAUUAAAGAAAUAUGAAAGACAACAGGCGAACAAAGAUAAAAUAUAUCGUCCCAAUAUUCAUCUGAUGGCCUGAGCUCUUGUUAGGUCUGCCCUCAAGGUGGUACUAUCACCAUACCAGGGUGGUAUGGCUGGCAUGGUCGGCUCACAACUUCUUCAAUAGUGUUCACAACAGUGUUCUUUCCCCAUUUUUAUCAUUGUGCCCAUUUUAGGCCUCUCCCUUACCCAUUCUUUUACUGAAAAUAUGUGAUUUUUACUUUUUGUAAAAAUGUGAUUACUUAUAUGUUUUUCCAUAGCUUCCCCUUUUAAAGAUCUCCAACAGGGCUCAUUUUUGUUGUCUCUGUGAUUUUAUCCAUAAACUGGGAUGCAGGGUGACUCCCAUCCUUAAUGCUUUUAUGCUUACAACCAUAAAUCUGACCUUCAGUUAUUACCGAGCCUGGUCACAUGAUGCAGUUAGACUGGAAAAAAUUAGAUUUAGUCUAAGGCAAGGAAAGUUUUUUUUUUUUUUACAGUAAGAACAAUAAGGAUGUGGAAUUCUCAGCCUGAAGAAGUGGUUUCAUCAGUACAUAUGUUUAAACAGUAACUGUAUGAAUAUCUGCAAAAACAUAAUAUACAGGGAUAUAAUUUUUAAUUUGUUGGGUAACAGCUUCUUGAUCCAAAGAGAGAUCUGACUGCCAUUCUUGGGUUGAGAAGUAAUUUUUACUAAUUUACUGAAAAACUGGAUGCACUCCAAACUGGUAUUUUUCCUUCAUUUGGAUCAACAGCAAAAGCAGAUGUUAGAAAGGCUGGACUUGAUGGACGCGUGUCUCUUUUCAGCCUAUGUACCUAUGACAUAUGUCUGUUUCUGCUGUUGAUCCAAAAGAAGGUUAAAAAACAAAACAUAAUUUGAAGCAAUUUCUAGUUGUGUCUCUAAAUGGAAAGAAAAAGACACCUUGACUUCAAAAUGAUUCAGUAACCUGACAUAGCAACUAUAAUAUCCUUGGACAUGCUGGUUUUUCAAAAAUAUGUUUUCAAAUCUUUUAUUAAACAAUAUUUACAGAUUCUGAUAAAACAACCUGUUUGGGCAGAUUAUUCAACAUCUUUCUUUUAAUGCAUUAAUAGUGCUGUGUUAACAAAGAGUAAUAAAUCCAUAUUAGGUAUCCCUUUAAGGAUUCUCCUAGCCACACAAUAUGUUUUACUGCAGCUCUGAAAAUGAUGUCCAAAUAUGAAAAUAUAAUACAAGUUACGUAUGACUAGAAACAGGAAGCAAAAAUGCUUUAGAGAAAAAAAAAUAAACAUAAAUGCAAAACCUGAGACUACAGCAAUAAAACAUUCCCAUGUAAGGAGAUUAAAAUUCCCCAGAAUCAUUUUCAAACCAUUAUAAAGUCAUUAUGGUCGAUGUAUAGUGCAGGUGCAGCAGGUGCCAAAAGGGACGCACACAAAUCUUUUAUGAAGCAAUACAAUACAAUUCUGUUAUGCACCAUGUGCAGGGGGGUUGAAUUGUAGAUGUACAUCAUAUUUACAUAUUGCUAUAAAGACAAAAUUAUCUAGAAUCAUCACAUUCUACCAUGCAUGCACUGGGCUUUAUUCUCUAAACACACAAAUAUAGCAAAGUAAAAAAUAGAAUUCAAUGUUUAGGUUAAAAAAUACAUUUAGAGAGAAAUCUCUGAAUCUACUAUAGUCACAGCUUGGCUAUUUAAAGGGACACUAUAGACACUGUAAGUGCUUCAUCUCAGUGAAUUGGUUAAAGUGUCCCUUGGAGUCGCCCUUCCAUUCAGCUUAAACCUUUUUUAAUGUUUUAAAGCUAAAUGAGAGUCCCCAGAUGCUCAUCCAUUCUGUGCCUUAUCAGGAAACAUUAGCCUGACCAGCAAUGGGGGCAAUGAUUGGCUGAGAGUGUCAGCUGACUGCUUUCAGCCUAUCAUAGUGCCUGUUGCUUGUAUGAAUUGGUAUGGCUAGAAGGAAGUGUGUAACCUCUGCUUUAGCCAUACCUCCAAUGGGGGCUGGGCUGUGGGAAGCCAUAGGCCCUUAUUCAGCGUUAAACCAAUUGAAAAUUUACUGUAUGGACAGUGCCAUGGUUUAAAUUCCUGGUGGCUGUCAUUCUGACAGCCACUAGAGGCGCUAUAAGGUACUAUAAAUAAAUCCAGGAACUAUAUAAGUAAAUAAAUUAGAUGGAAUGGUUUUAGUGUCUACAGUGUACCCUAAGGCCUAUGUUUUGCAACUUGAGUUUCAGUUCACUGUAGUCUGUUGUUUAGAGAAUAAACCCUGUGUUAUUAAAUUGCAUACCACCCAACAGUCCUGCCAUUGGCAGUACAGUCCUGAUUUGGGGUUCAGAGACUGUUGACAAACUUCAGUGGCAUGUUUAGGAAAAUAAAUGUUGAUUUAUAGAUUUCUUGUUACUCAUCUAUCUUGGUAUACAUUUUUCAGUUCCUUUGACAUUUCUGAAGCAUUUUUACUAAUGGUGGUCUCCCCGGUUAAUCUACCCAGAUUAAGCCACGUGAACGUAUUCCGUAUAAUUUUGGCAUGAUAUACAGAGGAUUAUAGUUAAUUAAAUUCCAACUCUAAAGCGGAUAUUAACUACAAAGAUAUUACAAUCCCAUCAUUUUUCUGUCCUGUUUUAUUCAUUAACAAUAAUCUUUUUGUCACAGAUCUCUGUUAUUCUAUCUUUCGACACUCUUACUUUGCUUUUUACAUUGCGACAUUUAUUCUGUUACAAUUUAGCCAGUCUUUAUUAGAUAGUCAUCAACGCCCUGUUCCAGCUUUCUUCUUUUCUUCAUUCUUAGAUGCGACCCCCACCCCCCUCUCUGCAAUGGCUCAGAGCUCUGCAUUCUAAGCUGCAAAACUACGGCGCUCACGCUGCCCUUUGCAGGUUAAUGCCUUCAUUUAUGUUUUCAAACUCAUUUUGCCAGAAAUAGCAGUCGCUGCGUGGCACAAAUCACAGCCUGCAAACCAAAUGAAACCGUGGGCAGUUUCCCUUUUAACAAAAUCCCUGACACAAAGAGCGGGUUGCAGUUUAAAAAUGACUGCGUGUCUCGGAGCUUUGACAACUAACACAAUAUAGAAGCAGGGAGGGGGCGGCAGAACCAUUGUGACAAGUGAUCAUCGCGUACCCCAUUCAUUGAUCCCCUUCUCUACCACACGGAGCUGUAAUUCAAAGCAGGAGCCCACCAUCGUCAAAGAGUUAAAUGUAUCUCAGAUUUUUAACCGAGAUAUGAUAAUGUGUGCAGUGGAUACGUAUAUGGUGCAGUAGUGAUGUCGGACGUUCUGUAUUUAUAAUGACUGCAUAAUGUUAGCGUUGCUUGAUGCAUCGGGAUGAGGAGAAAUGAAUAGUACUGAAGGGCCAACGAUAAUGUUUAACCAUUAUAUAGUUGCAUGGUACAGUCAUUUUGCCUUUUGGGGGGGAGAUGCUUAUGACUUCUUCAUUCUUUUGGGAAGUACAUGAAUUUGCUGCCCAGCAGUAGGUAGGAUCCCAAUGAUGCCAUAAUGGUUAGUUAGUUAGUUAAUUUCACACUGGGAGUGCAUGGAUUCCACUGCUGGGCAGGACUUUAAGUCGUGCUUCAUAUAGGGUUUGUCAGGUCCAGCAUAUUGUCCUAUCAGUGGUAGAAAGAGGAUCCAGGCACUCCAAGUAUCUUCAAAUGUAUUUAGUGGGACAAGUGAGACACCGCAACAUUUCGACACCUUAAAGGGUCAUUGUCACCCUACAUUCCACCAAAAAUAACAACCAUUUAUAGGACUAUAGACCUAGACAUAUAUCAUUUAUAAACAUUGAUGGGUAGAAUGUGAAAGUGCUGACCAGCAGUAUGUAGAAUUCAAAUGUUACAGGAUGUAAUGCAAGUAAUUUAUCAAUGAGGAAUCCCGCGAGCAUACAAGGCAGCCAUUUUCAUGUGCCUGCCACACCAAGAAUAAAUUAUGUGUGUGCAGAAAAAUUUAGUGAAUUUGGUAAAUCUACCCAUAGAAUGUUGGCGGCUCAAUAUGGGUAAUACAGGGAGUAAAUAAACAGGGUUAUUCACCAAAGUCUUUCACUAUAAAACUGAUGUAGAGAAAAUGGAAGAGUACCUGAUUUGGAGAACUGUUCCAAUUCAGUUAAUCUGAUUUUAAAUUUUAAAUUCAUAUUGAAUUCACUUUGAAUUCAUGGCAAUUCUCAAAAGUAAUUUUCAAAUUUUCAUGCCAAAAUAGCCAAACUGGAAAAAUUCCCCAAGUCAGCUAUGUUUUCAGUUCAGCUACUUUGGCGUGAAAUAAGAAACUAAUUUUGCAUUUACAAUUUUCCACGCUUUCGUUAAUAAUGAUGUAAAUAUAAUAAUAAUAAUAAUAGUUGUAGCAAUGUUUAAGGUUUUUGGUGUGUUUGUCAGUAAAUGUACAGCGAGUGUGUUUUUAUUGAGACUUCACCCAAAACCCCAAACACCUCCGCGAGCCAGCUCUGCGGUUAUGUUACCAUUCUCUACACCGUGUGUUUUAUUAUGGGCUUCUACGAAAGAUUGCCGUGCAGGACUUCCAAGCGUCUCUUGCCAGCCAAGCUGUAGUGUCUGGGAGAUCCUCGCUGAUAAGGAUAUCUGUUAUGAAUUAUUAAGGCUUGCUUCUGGCUUUCUGCAUUGAAGUGUUUCCUUUAUCUUAUAAGAUAAAAAAAUAAAUAAAUGAUAAAUACACCCACAAGCAUAUAUACUGUUCUGAAGAAGAUGUUUUCAUUUAAAAAAUAUAUUCAAGCCUUAAUGAAGCAAUCUGCUGCACAUUUUACAAAUAUCCCUAGUAUAGCUAAAACACAGAGAAUUAGUCACACAGUCUAAUCUAUUUUCCAAUCAGUUGCUUCUUUUAUAUGUAUUAAAGCGGCACUGUCAUCAUCUGGGGACGUUGCAGAAUUCCCAAAGACCACUGAUGGUGACAUAGCUGUUGGUGGUCCAGUUGCUGGGGGAGCAGGUAAAGGUGAGAUUUACUUACCUGAACUGUCCCUCGCAGGUGCGGCCAUCUUGUUCUGGCAGGUCAUCUUCAGAAGCGCCAGGCGCCAACAUCACUGUAAUCUUGCGUGUGCAUGAGAGUACAGGAUCGAGGUCUAUGGAGGAUCCCAGAAGACCACAGGAUCUGCCAUAGACAGAGCCAAUUCCCUACAGCCAUUACUGGUGAUGGCUGUGGGGAGUGACACUAAAACUGCACCCAGAGUCAGACGGAGGAAAUACUUUGUCUCCCUAAUUUGUCUCAGUAUAUCUCUUGACUGGGGUGGAAUGUCAGUGAAAUUCCAACACAGUCAAAAUAAGCAUUUCAUAAAAAUCCUAUCUAUAUAAAAUAUUAAUUUUUCAGGUGAUGGUGCCUAAGCUGCCAUGUCUAGUUCAAAAAUCCCAGUGCUGUAACAUGGCCGAUCCUGGCCUAUGUCCAAAGGCAGAUUUAUAAGUGAAGUUACUUGUUGCGGGUUAUGACCAGAUUCCACUAUGUGGUCAUUUAAACAGGUCUAGGCACUCAAUUGUGAAUUAAAAGUGAAAUCAAAGUGAAAUCACAAUUUAGGGUAAAUAUAGCCAAGCCAAAAAAUGCAGGAGAUUUUUUUCUAAUUUAACUAUUUUUAGAUAUUUAGCCUGAAUUUUAAAUUCGCUUUGAAUUAAUUUCAUGAUAAUUUGCAUGUUAUUAAAUAAAACACAUGCUUUAUGAAUAACAAGCAGAGGGGAGACCUGGGGGGGUUCUUACUUCAUCAGGAUAGGCGAAGAAUUGUAAAGAGAAUUGGCUACUUUAAAUUUUGGUUUAAAGUCUUGAAUCUUCUUUUUAAUUCUCCACAAUUUGUGGUGUAUUGAAUAUAUCUCACUGAAGCUCAUAGAGGCAGGAGAAAGAAAUUGCAAUCAGUGAUCACUAAUCACCAAUAUCCUGUCCUCAGAUCAGACACUCUGUAGAGUAUAGAGCCAAAGACAGCAUGAGUUACUUCCAUUUCAGAAGGAGAAUUGAUUAAUGGAAAUUCAUUUUUUAUUUGGUCCUGAUUGGCAGUGCUGACUGAUUCAAACCAAUGUUACCAUAUUGCAGAGCCAAUUUCUCCCAGUUAAUAAUCUUGUUUUUUUUUAUCACCUAAUCAAUCAAUUACACUUAAUGUCCUCAGCGGAUGAUGUACAGUUAAUGAUCAUGGAGGUGAAGGCAAGUUUACUGGCUCCAUGUUUAAUUAAAGAUGAAGUAUCAUUAAACUCCCACUGAACAAAAUUCUGAGAUAAAUAUCUCAACUGCAGUCUUGCUGUGAUGUCUUCUAAGAAUCGUAAUAUCUUAACAACAUAUAAGGGCACUCUAAGCAUGCUCUACGCAUCAACACAACUUAAGUACAUUUGUAAGGUUUUAGUCUCAAUUCAUGGUGUAUUUUUCUCCACAUUCAAAUCUGUUUAAUUUUGCGUUAAAAAAAAACUAGAAAAAAAAAACUGGGUUUCUGCAGUAUACUCCACCCCCUUGAGCCCCACCCCACCUUUCAACAAAGCAACUUCCUUAUAAGAUGUACUUGAGUGCAUAUGCCAGUCAACCAAUAGGAAAUCUGUCUGAGCAAAGUUUGCUUGACAAAGACCCUUUCAGGGGUCGAAAUGUUGCGGUGUCUCACUUGUCCCAAUAAACACAUUUGAAAAUACUUGGAGUAUCUAGAUCCUCUUUCUACUACUGAGCAAAGUUUGCUGACAUAAAUCUAACGAAAGCCAAUCAUCUGUGUCUUGAAAUGUCUUUUCUAAUUUCUAGAUUAUUUUUUUUUACUGUUUUUGCAAUAACUCUUUUUGUUAUCCAUUUUUUAAUGCACCUUUACAUUCCCACAAACUCAUGCUCCCCUUAGUUCACCUUCACAGACAUUCCCUCUGUAAAUCUUGUUCACUGUCCCAUGUGCUCUCUUCACACAUUCUCAGUGACUAAUGAGUUCAAUAUUCUAGGCUCUAGCAGCUGUCAACCUACACCUCUUACCAAGUCAUGUGAAGUCUAAGGUCAGAGGCCAAGUCUUCUCCUGCAGAUUACUGAAUGCCUUCACAUUCUAUAGCAGAGCGCGCAUGUAAAAUGUGCAACUUUAGCAAAAAAGCCAACAACAAACAAACAAACACACUGUAUAUAUACAUAAAUAUCAUCAUAUGAGCUUGUUUGUUGAAAGACUGAAAGCUGUGCUGGCAACAAUGCAGAGGCAAGCAGAAAUGCAAAUAUUAACAAAUGGAUAAUUGUUCGUAAUAAUUACCUUUCACAAGUACUUGUCAUUUUUUAAAAAAGCCUUAUAUUCAUUACUACAUUAAAAGAAAAAUAAAUAUAUAUAUAGACUACAUCCACCUUCCUACCCGUUCAUUAAUUUAACUUAUAUCAAGUGUAAAAUGUUCUGUAAUUAACUCCUAACCAUGUCAAUAAUGCCUUAAUCCCUUACCAAGCUACCGUCUCUAUCUAUAUAUCCUUUAAACACACCCAUCAACUUCAAAUUACCCUCUGCUACCUUGCGUUGCAACCUCCAUUAUCUUCUUCAGAUUGUAACCUCGGUGGUCACCUUGCUAAUUGCUGUGAAUAGAAAUGCUAGAUUCUUUUUUAACUUCAUACACAGUUUCCGCUACUCGUCUGACAUCUGUAUGUGCAAUUACCUAUUGUUCUGCGUGUGACAAUGAAUAUGUAUAUAAUUGCUAUGAGGGUUAUUUACGUAAGUGUAAAUUGCGGGGAAAUCACAGUUAAUUUAAAUUCACUUUGAAUUCUUGUCAAUUCAGCCUUUAAUGAAUAACUCUGUAUGCAGGCAUACAUAAUAAAACAAUCAAUGUUAUAUAAGAGGAUGCUUUAAUAGUUAUUGCCAAUGUGUGGCGCUAUUUUAAAAUCACUUAGGCACUAGUGGUCACAAGGGUUAGAUGGAAGCUCUUAGAAUAUUGACUCACAGAUCUCUUGCUGUUUAUUUUCGUCUUGUUAUACCCUGUCCUAAUACUGCGUUGUUGUUUGUUUUCACUCCCCUUGAUGUCACGUGUCCUACUGUGCAUGUAGUGUCUUCUGACCUUCUUCUUUGACUCCUUGUGUUUAAAAUUACUCUCAAGGCACUUGCACAGGUUACUGGCAAUGUGCAAGUCGAGUAUACUUAUUCAUUAAACUUGUGUACAUUAAAUGUACAUGGAUAUAACGUAUAAACAUUUGCAUUAUGUUACAUUGUCGGUCCGGGGCUCUGAGCUACAAUUGCUAUGAAAUCUGCGGGUACUACUAGCAACCAACUUGAUUAAGCACACGUCACAAUUUUUGGGGAUCACACAAAACUUGAAUAUGUAAUUUUUUGCACACAAAAAAAAGUUGGAUUUAGGAUUUUUCACGCAUCAUAAUUUCUGUUUUGUUCUAGAUUGCUUUGUCUGUGAGAAAAAUUAAUUCUUAUUCUGCGACCAACAUAACUCACUGCCAUUGUAUUUGACCACGUAAUUUGCGAGAAUUCCGUCAUUCCGUGAUGUUCAGUUUAACAUUUCUGUAUGAAGCAGAGUCCACUCAUUUUUCAUGUAAAAGUCAUGAACAUACGCGCAGAAACUUUUUCACGGAUUUUCCAUGGAAAUUGCACAUAAAAAAUGCACUCAAUUUAAAAACCACACAAAAUGCAAGUUAUGCAUUUACACAUCUGAUACAAAGUACAAGUUCUAUGUUUUGUUUUUUGUUUUUUGCGAUCAGUUCUAAAUCUCUCGGACUUUACGUGUUUAUAUUAAUAAUAUUCAAAUGACUGUGAGUGUCCUUUUCAUUUUACAAAACAGUUACAUGAAGUUCCCUUAGUAUUGCAUGCCAAUUUAAUGCUGGCAGGAGUUUCCAAUCUUUACAGUAAUAUGGGCUGGAUUUGGGCCAGGUCUUUAACCCUUGCUGGUUUGGACAGGAAUGAGUUCUUUGGAUCAUUGCACAUAUUGAAAUCACAUUGCUCCACUUGGCAUUAAACUUGCUAGGUUAGCCAAGAUGGUCACAUGGUACAAAUAUUCUGCAAGGCAUUUCUCUCGUUGCCACGGAAUGGAUUCAAGCAUUAGUCGUCUGACUGAUAAUCGCUAAAUAAUACGUGUUUUUGUAAUACCCAGGUAAGCAUGUUAAUUGCAGUACCCUGGGACAAAUUCCGAGGGAUAAUAUACUAUGCUGUGAUAAAAUUAUUGUUUUUUACUCAAAUGAUGAAACAACUACAGCUCAAUGUAAUGAAGCUCAGCUCUUCUGAAGUCAAUAAAAUAUGUUAUAUUAACCUGGGUAACUAUAUCUAAAUUACUCCAUCAUGGUUGAUUGCCUCGAUUUUAAUAUUUUCUCUAAAAACGCCAAAUAAAUCCAUCAUGGUAGAUUGCCUCUAUUUAAUAUUAUCUCUAAAAUUUGUCAUUUUGAGAUUGGUGUGUACAUGCAUUUAAGUGUACUUUGUUAACCAAUCUAAUUUGCUUGUGGAAAGCAGUCACAGGUAGAAAAAUAUAUAAACCGUGUAGCACUGGCCUUGGAAAAGAUAGCGUGACUGAGAAGCCUUGCUGGGCUUCCUCUCCAGGGUAUGGGAAACACGCAAGAUGAAUGCCUGUUCUUUUUUAGAACAGAAUAGAAUGUGCUGUGCCUGGGCAGCACUUUUAGCAAACAGCAUCCUGGGAAAUGCGGAUGGCACGUGCUCAGAGGAAAAGGCAAAGUAUAGGACAUAAAUAAAUGGAUAGAAAAUACUGAAUAUUGAAUAUGUAAACAGUAUGUCGCGGUCAUCAAAAAAUGCAUGAAUGUGUAAUGUAUACACCAGCCACAAGGAACCUUAAAGAAGCGCUAGUCACCCAGACUACUUCAUCUCAAUGAAGUGGUCUGGGCUCAGUGGUCCUGUCAUUUUUAACCUUCCAUGAAAAACAUUGCAAUUCAUAGAACACCACUCACAUUUUUGUAAAUAUGUUAUUAUAUCUUUUUAUGUGACAACACUGAAGAAAUGACACUCUGCUACAAUGAAACGUAGUAAAUGUACAGCCUGUAUAACAGUGUAAAUUUCCUGUCCCCUCAAAAUAACUUAACACACAGCCAUUAAUGUCUAAAACAUUGGCAACAAUAGUAAGUACACCCCUAGGCGGAAAUGGCCAAAAUUGGACCCAAAGUGUCAAUAGUUUGUGUGGCCACCAUUAUUUUCCAGCACUGCCUUAACCUUCAUGGGCAUGGAGUUCACCAAAGCUUCACAGGUUGCCACUGGAGUCCUCUUCGACUCCUCCAUGACAACUUCACGGAGCUGGUGGAUGUUAGAGACCUUGCGCUCUCCCACCUUCCAUUUGAGGAUGCCGCACAGAUGCUCAAUAGAGGAGACAUGCUUGGCCAGGCCACCUUUACCCUCAGCUUCUUAACAAGGCAGUGGUCAUCUUGGAGGUGUAUUUUGGGUAAUUUUUAUGUUGGAAUACUGCCCUGCAGCCCAGUCUCUAAAGGGAGAGGAUCAUGCUCUGCUUCAGUAUGUCACAGAACAUGUUGGCAUUCAUGGUUCCCUCGAUGAACUGUAGCUCCCCAAUGCCAGCAGCACUCAUGCAGGCCCAAAUCAUAAGACACCCACCACCAUGCUUGACUGUAGGCAAGACAGACUUGCCUUUGUACUCCUCAACUGGUUGCCGCCACACACGCUUGACACCAUCUGAACCAAAUAAGUUUAUUUGGGUCUCAUUGGACCACAGGACAUGGUUUCAGUAAUCCAUGUCCUUAGUCUGCUUGUCUUCAGCAAACUGUUUGUGGGCUUUCUUGUGCAUCAUCUUUAGAAGAGGCCUCCUUCUGGGACGGCAGCCAUGCAGACCAAUUUGAUGCAGUGUGCAGCAUAUGGUCUGAGCACUGACAGACUGACCCCCACCCCUUUAACCUCUGCAGCAAUGCUGGCAGCACUCAUAUGUCUAUUUCCCAAACACAACAUCUGGAUAUGAUGCUGAGCAUGUGCACUCAACUUCUUUGGUCUACCAUGGCGAGGCCCUUUUCUGAGUGGAACCUGUCAUGUGAAACCGAUAUAUAUAUGGUCUUGCCCACCGUGCUGCAGCUCAGUUUCAGGGUCUUGGUAAUCUUCUUACAGCCUAGACCAUCAUUAUGUAGAGCAACAAUUAUUUUUUUCAGAUCCUCAUAGAGUUCUUUGCCAUGAGGUGUCAUGUUGAACUUCCAGUGACCAGUAUGAGAGUGUGAGAGUGAUAACAUCAAAUUUAACACACCUGCCCCCCAUUCACACCUGAGAUCUUGUAACACUAAGGAGUCACAUGACACCGGGGAGGGAAAAUGGCUAAUUGGGCCCAAUUUGAACAUUUCCACUUAGGGGUGCACACACUUUUGUUGGUUUCGACAUUAAUGGCUGUGUGUUGAUUUAUUUUGAGGGGGCAGCAAAUUUACACUGUUAUACAGGCUGUACACUUACUACUUUACAUUGUAGCAGUGUUUCAUUUCUUCAGUGUUGCCACAUGAAAAGAUAUAAUAAAAUAUUUACAAAAAUGUGAGGGAUCUACUCACUUUUGUGAGAUACUGUAUAUAUAUAUAAUAUAUAUAAUAUAUAUAUAGUUAUUAUAGAUAUAUGUAUAUGUGUGUAAUCUUAUUCUAAGUGUAUUUUUAUAUUAAUAUAUGUAUAUAUUAAUAAAAAAAAUACACUUAAUAUGACAUUAUGCAUAUUAGAUACAUAUAUUGGGUUUUAUAUGUAUUUACUAAUAUAUUUAUUUAAAAUUUUUCAGCAGCAGGGAGACUGCCUGACAGCACAGGCAGUUCCCCUGCAGGCAGAUACAUGGACGCAUUUUGUAGUCAUGUGACCCCUCUUUCAGAGUGAUCACAUGGCCUGCGGGGGCCUAACUUGCCAAGCAAGGACUGUCUGGACUGUUAGAAAGUCCCUCUAGACCAGGAGGAAUGCCAAUCGCCGGCAGGGAUCGGGUAAGUGGGAUGGACGGCUGGGACGCUCUAUGCCGCCCAUCAGCGUUUAGGCUCGGCUCCUUAAGGGGUUAAAACGUUUACUUUGAUGUUGUGUAUUGACUGUUCACUUGCUGCCCUCGACAGGUUCAGUGCAUUUAUAUAUUUAUAUUACCUUUUCAGCACUCUGUGUGGUAUUUUUGUGUACUUCUACUUCUUCGGUCCUGUACCAGAGGCCUAGGAGUCUACGCAGUAUCUUAUCUGUUCCUAGAACUGCACUCUUCUGUACAGCGAUCUCAGAUGUCCCACCUGGAAUCUGUUGAAGCCACUCCACCAACUUGGAGUUCACAGCUCCGAGAGCUCCUAUCACAACUGGGACUACUACUGCCUUCACUUUCUAUGUCCUUUCUAGCUCCUCUUUCAGUCCUUGGUAUUUGUCCACCAUCUCAUGUUCCUUCUUCCUGAUGUUAUUAUAAUAUAUAAAUAUAUGUAUACAGCAUGUACAGAGAUUGAAUUGUAAAAUGGUUCAUGGUAAGAAAUGACUUUUUGCGUAUUAAAGAAUACAAUAUACAAUACAUAAAUCAAAGUGUACCACUAUUGUGCAGUAAGUAUAAUGGAAGAGGGAAAAAAAACAUAAUCAUAUUGAAACCUUCAUAUAUUUGACCGUAUUGAUAAAACCCGUGAUACUAAUAUCUCGAGAUUCCCUAGGGUAAGAGCUUGGGGUGAUUGAACUACAGAUUCAUUUUAAGAGACACAAUGUUAGGGUUAGGUGUGCUGCGGAUUUGACUUCAGGGAGGAACCUAGUACAAUAGCAGUAAAUUCGUUUUUUUUUUUAUCUCUUUCUGCGGUUUUUGGUUUAUUUGUUAGAUUUCUGAUGCUUGGCACACUCUGCAUGGAUCAUUUGAACAAAUAAGCUUUGGGGCAUGAAAGUAUUCUCUUUAGGGAGUACGCUCUACCUGCUAUUGCUGUUCUAAUAAACUGAGUAAAAAGAAAAGCAUGUGCAGGUUUGAGAUUGUAGGAAGUGGGAAUGAUGGGAUUGCAGAGGGGAGAUGGGUUCCUUGAUUUACAACACAUAAGAGAUAUUGUCAGCAAAAAUAGCUCAGUUUUUUGUUCCCAGAGAGACCGGCGAUGCAGAGGGAGUAUGGAACCUCGGUUAGAUGAAGAGUUAUCAUUUAUUGUAGAAUGGUAGAAGACCAGUUUGCUUUUGAAAAAUUGCAGAAGCCUUGCAAUAACUUGGGGUUAGCCUUUGUUAAUAUGUGUCAAAUUAUGAGGGCAUCUCUUAACCACAGAGGUUGUACAUGGUACAGUAAUCUCCGCAGCUGUGUAAGCUCGCUCCAUCAGAUUUCUGCUUCAUAAAGUAAUUUAGCCCAGGUUCUGCCUGAAUUGUUCAGAGGUUAUUUCAAAGGCAAAACUGAAACUAAAAAUGUUUUUUUUUCUGCUUUUUCAGCUAAAUUCUUUAAUUUAUAUUUCAAUGUAUGUGUAAUGUCCAAAAAAAAAAAAAACAAAUUAGGAAAAAAAGUUUAAAAGCAUCUCAUAAACAAUGCUUUGAUAUUGUAUGGCCUUCAGAAAUGCAUGUCACUAGCUGCAAUUAAAGAAUUGUGGGAUAUUUAAAAUUUGCAUUUGGUGCCAGGCUGUGCCCGGUCAGCGUGGCUUUUGCUAAAAAUCUAUAUGAUAUAAUAUAAUUUUGAUAGGUAAUUUUCAGUUGAUGAUAGGUCAUUUUAAUCCAUGACUUCCAAAAGACGUUAUUUACAAAUCAGAAGUUGUCACGCAGAGUUUCCAUGGCCACAGUUGGGAACCAAACAAGCCAUGCUCUACAAGUUUCAGCAAUGCCAAAUUUUGAAAAAUCAUUUUCCAUUAGACUUCAGUAUUCCAUUUCAAAAGAAUUGCGCUCCAUCCAAUUUUGAGCGAACGGUUCAUCCAAAUAACAAAAGAAAGGGUGCACCUUUAAUGUAAAAAAUAUAUAGAAAAUGUACACAUAAAAUAGUUAAGUAACUAAAACCAGUCCAGGGUAAUAGUCCACAAAUAAGGAAAAUUCUUGUAGAGCAGCAGUGAUUCUUUUAGCGCUGAUCCUAUUUUGACUUUUCUUGGUUCAUCGAAAUGAUGUAACUCUUAAUCGUCAUGUAACCAAAUCAUGAAAGAAACAACGUGUUGACUGAACAGGCCAUUUAGGUUUUUUUUUUGCGGUGCCAAAAACAAAAGACAAUUGAUGGUUAGGGCACAGCCACUAAAUGUGGAUUUUAUUCACAGAUCAAUUAAGAAGUGACCACUAGUGGGAAUAUAUAUAAAAGCAUAGAUUAUUUUCAGAAAAAUUGUCUUGGACGAACCAAAGUUUCAUUUCCAUUAUCCGAUCCUCCCAAAAAAAACAUCUGGUUGUAUCCAGUUUCCCAUCCGGUACUUCUAAAACUUCUAAAAUGUUAAGCGAUCUUUCAUAUUAAACGUGUAUGCAAUAUUGAGUUAGGGUCAUUGAUUGAUGGUCCUGCUGACCAGCCUUUGAACUUGCGAGUCCAGUUCAAAGUCUCAACUGUAUAAUAUACAUAAUGCCAGAUCACACAUCUGUAAAUAGCUUUAUUGUAUAUGUUUUCAUUGUAAUGAUUUUUUGUAAUAUUUCUUAAUUGCAUGUCUCAUUGAGAUAUUUCGGUUAUUUUGGCUAUUUGUAUUAAAUUAAUAAAUUUAUUGAUGUAUCCCCUUGGUCAAUUCCUGUCUAGUAGAACAUGUUAAAGUAUGAACUUAAAAUUCCUCAUUUACGUUUUUUACUGGGUUAUUCAUGAAAAUUGAAAUUGUCCGGAAUUCAAAGUGAAUUUUACAUUUUAGGGAAAAAUAGCCAAAUCAGAGUAAUCUUCCAAGUCCGAUAUGUUUUAGUUUUGCUAAAAUGAGACAAUCACUUUGAAUUUAAUAUAAAGUUCCACCAAUUCAUGUUUUAUCGAUUAACCCUUCGAAUCUCCUUUUUCUCUAUGUGGUAGAAUUCACCGACAUCCCUUUUUCACUCAAAGAUAUACUCUGCUCAGAAAAAUAAAGGGAACACUUAAACAACACAAUGUGACUCCAAGUCAAUCACACUUCUGUGAAACCAAACUGUCCACUUAGGAAGCAACACUGAGUGACAAUCAAUUUCACAUGCUGUUGUGCAAAUGAGAUAGACAACAGGUGGAAAUUAUAGGCAAUUAGCAAGACACCCCCAAUAAAUGAGUGGUUCUGCAGGUGGUGACGACAGACCACUUCUCAGUUCCUAUGCUUCCUGGCUGAUGUUUUGGUCACUUUUGAAUGCUAGUGGUGCGUUCACUCUAGUGGUAACAUGAGACGGAGUCUACAACCCACACAAGUGGCUCAGGUAGUGCAGCUCAUUCAGGAUGGCACAUCAAUCCGAGCUGUGGCAAGAAGGUUUGCUGUGUCUGUCAGCGUAGUGUCCAGAGCAUGGAGGCGCUACCAGGAGAUAGGCCAGUAUAUCAGGAGACGUGGACGAGGCCGUAGGAGGGCAACAACCCAGCAGCAGGACCGCUUCCUCCGCCUUUGUGCAAGGAGGAACAGGAGGAGCACUGUCAGAGCCCUGCAAAAUGACCUCCAGCAGGCCACAAAUGGGCAUGUGUCUGCUCAAACAGUCAGAAACAGACUCCAUGAGGGUGGUGUGAGGGCCCGACGUCCACAGGUGGGGGUUGUGCUUACAGCCCAACACCGUGCAGGACGUUUGGCAUUUGCCAGAGAACACCAAGAUUGUCAAAUUUGCCACUGGCGCCCCUGUGCUCUUCACAAAUGAAAGCAGGUUCACACUGAGCACGUGACAGACGUGACAGAGUCUGUAGACGCAGUGGACAACGUUCUGCUGCCUGCAACAUCCUCCAGCAUGACCAGUUUGGCAGUGGGUCAGUAAUGGGGAGCCCUCCAUGUGCUCGCCAGAGGUAGCCUGACUGCCAUUAGGUACCGAGAUGAGAUCCUCAGACCCCUUGUAAGACCAUAUGCUGGUGCGGUUGGCCCUGCAAAAUGACCUCCAGCAGGCCACAAAUGGGCAUGCGUCUGCUCAAACAGUCAGAAACAGACUCCAUGAGGGUGGUGUGAGGGCCCGACGUCCACAGGUGGGGGUUGUGCUUACAGCCCAACACCGUGCAGGACGUUUGGCAUUUGCCAGAGAACACCAAGGUUGUCAAAUUUGCCACUGGUGCCCCUGUGCUCUUCACAGAUGAAAGCAGGUUCACACUGAGCACGUGACAGACGUGACAGAGUCUGUAGACGCAGUGGACAACGUUCUGCUGCCUGCAACAUCCUCCAGCAUGACCAGUUUGGCAGUGGGUCAGUAAUGGGGAGCCCUCCAUGUGCUCGCCAGAGGUAGCCUGACUGCCAUUAGGUACCGAGAUGAGAUCCUCAGACCCCUUGUGAGACCAUAUGCUGGUGCGGUUGGCCCUGGGUUCCUCCUAGUGCAAGACAAUGCUAGACCUCAUAUGGCUGGAGUGUGUCAGCAGUUCCUGCAAGACGAAGGCAUUGAUGCUAUGGACUGGCCCGCCCGUUCCCCAGACCUGAAUCCAAUUGAGCACAUCUGGGACAUCAUGUCUCGCUCCAUCCACCAAUGUCACAUUACACCACAGACUGUCCAGGAGUUGGCAGAUGCUUUAGUCCAGGUCUGGGAGGAGAUCCCUCAGGAGACCAUCCGCCACCUCAUCAGGAGCAUGCACAGGUGUUGUAGGGAGGUCAUACAGCCACGUGGAGGCCACCCACACUACUGAGCCUCAUUUUGACUUGUUUUAAGGACAUUACAUCAAAGUUGGAUCACCCUGUAGUGUGUUUUUCCACUUUAAUUUUGAGUGUAACUCCAAAUCCAGACCUCCAUGGGUUGAAAAAUUUGAUUUCCAUUUUUUUAUUUUUGUGUCAUUUUGUUGUCAGCACAUUCAACUAUGUAAAGAACAAAAUAUUUCAGAAGAAUAUUUAAUUCAUUUAGAUCUAGGAUGUGUUAUUUUUGUGUUCCCUUUAUUUUUUUGAGCAGUGUACUUUGCUAUCAUUUUGUUUUAAUCAGGGAAUCUUAUAAAAAUUUUGCAGAGUUUAAUUCAUGAAAAAUGGACUGUCAACAUUUUGUCAAAAACAGCCAUUAAAAAAUGUGAUACUGUAUUGAGGCUGCUAAGCCAUUCAGCUAAGCUUCAUGAUAGUCUGUAGCUCUGAAUCUGUAUGAUGCAGUUACAUUGAGUACGGUUGGUCCUGGUGGCUGACUAUGGGAGCUCUGAUGAAUCUCAAUGCAGAACGUGGCUGCCUAUGGGGGAUAUUGAGACACAGAUUUGUGCUUUUCAUGGUAGUUCAGAGAAAAAUCUGCAAGGUGCUUGCAAAUUUCAGCUCGGAUCGAGAGGCACAAACAGUAUAUCAUAGAAUGUAGCCACCUCUGUAUAAUAAUUCAGCUGUGCCAUAUUGCAAACGAACAUGUGAUAGAUUAACCCUUUCAGAGACAGAGUGAUGUGGAGAAUAUUGUCCCUUCCAUACUGAAAGAUAAAAGAGAGUUCUAAAUUAACCUCUUCACUACCAUGUAUGUUUCAAAAUAAACAACUGAGGUUUUAAGGUGUCAUUUUAUGAAAAUCUCACUCAAAAAAAGCUAUUUGUUUAACAUCUGUACGAGACAUGUACACGUAUACAUAAAAAAAUCCACAAUAUUACAGCACAACAUUGUCUUGUGCAGCCAAUAUAGCCAAAUUGUAAAACAGUUAAAUUGGAUGAAUUGGGUUCUAAUGCCGUCAUUUUAGUCUACAAUGUGCCAUUCAUUUUUCAGGGAUCUGCUUCCUGACCGCCUCUGAUUUAGAAAGCGUCUGAAUGAAUUAUAUAGAUCCAAAACUAGAAUAUUUAAGAUAUACAAUACAUAUAUACAAAAAACUGCAGCAAAUACAAGAAUAACCCUGUUCAACUGUGUUUGUAAGGAAUCUGCAACUAUAUUGGGGAAUUCAGAUUCACAAACUGCCAGCACAAUAAAUAACACUUGGAUAAAUGUAUCUGGGCUACAUACAUUAAAUAAAGUAAAAUGUAUUCAAUUAAAGGAAUCUGUCUCAAACUGUCUCAAACUGAGCUCCAGCCUGCUAUAGCACACUGCAUACAUCCCCCGGUGCCUCCAUCGCAGCCUGUUCUCUCCAAUUUGCAAUGCUGCUGCUUUGGCACAGGACAUGAUCUUUACAGUCUCCUGUAGAGUACAGAAGAAUAUAACAUCCUAUUCAGUCUUUCUACCCCAGAGAGACAUCUUAAUUGAGCAAUGUAUAGCAGGAGGGGGAGCAGUUUUAAUGUUUUUUGUUAACAUAAUGAUUUCAAGUACAAAAUCAACCCUCUGUGUAUCCAGGAUUGAGUUUAACCUUAUGUAUUCAAAUGUAUUAGCAAAAAAAAUGUAUAAUCAAAGGAUGGCUAACCUGAAAGUAUAUGUGACAUAUUCUUCUUUUAUUCCUAAAUAUGUACAUGUUGCAAGUCUAACAUCCUAAUUAUUUUAUGGGGGUUUUUUUUGUUUGUUUUUUAUUCAAACAAGCAUCAAACAGUAACAGGCAUCAGGGAAACAUUAAAAAGUAAUUAAAAAAAGAAUUUACCAUACUUUGUAAGAAGCAUAUGAAAUUGUGUGUUUAUGCAGUUGCUUCUCAACAGUCUGACUGGCUAAAACCAAUAUAUUUGAUCUUCACAAAAUUGGGGGUGCUAUUAAUCCCCAUCGUAAAAGAAAAACUGCAUUUGCCGCAUGUUGAGCUCAGUAAUUUAUUUGAGUUAGUGAAUUACAAUCCAGUGUCCUUAGACAUGACGCGUUUCGCUCUUAUGAUACACUUGUAAGUAUAAGUGAAGUGGUAACGUGUAGUUAAAUUAGCACACAAAAUCUUCAGAAAUGCUCACAAAAUACAAUGUAUUGAAUGUGAAACAUUCUUAACCACCAGCCACAGAAUAAAAAAGGGAAGUGGUUCAUAAACAUCAAAAGACAGAGAGGUUGAUUAAAUUAUACGCUUUAAGGCAAGAUCAUUUUUUUUUUUUUUUUAAAUUGAGUCUGAUUUCUGUUUUUAAAAUAUUAUUUUCUGCUCUGGUUAAUUGUACUGAAGAGGAAGAAAGACACCACACACUAAGUAAAACAUAUUUUACAAAAAAACAUUUUUUUUGUAUUAUUUAUUGGUCUCCGAGGAAGUGCCACUAAGGCAUGAAAUGCGUAAGCAUCUUUCCGAUGUCCCCAGAUGUCAUGUUGUCAGCUUGCUUAUUUUUACUAUGAUGGAACACGUUUCUGUAUUUGUACCUGAGCUGGUUGAGUUUCAAGGGUUCAAGGAUAAGGUGUUUUGUUAUUUUUUUAAUUACAUUAAAUACUUGAGAAAUACUUAUUGUGAUAUUUGGGACCAAUGCAAACCAUUGUCUGGAAAUCUAUUCAUAAACAGGUCUAUGCACAGGACACAAGGUCACUCAUUUAGACUUCAAGAAAUGAGAUUUACUCUUAAGCAAAGGAAAGGGUUUUUUACAGUGAGAACAAUAAGGAUGUGGAAUUCUCUACCUGAAGAGAUGGUUCUAUCAGAGUCUGUAUAGACAUUAAAACAGCAACUGGAUAAACACAUGCAAAAAUACAAUAUUCAGGGAUAUCAUUUUAAUAGUUGAGAUCCAAGGAGAGAUUCGACUUCCAUUCAGGGUUUGAGAAAUACAUUUUCCUAGUUUGUUGCAAAUCUGGAAAACAUUUCGAACUGGGUUUUUUGGUUUUUUUUUGCUUUCCUUUGGAUCAACAGCAAAAACAGAUGUGAGAAAGACUGGGCUUGAUGAACGCAAGUAAUGUGUUUUCUGCACACAUUGUAUGUGUAUGUGUUUCCUUCAGUGUUGCAGUCAAGAGGUGCCCUUAGCACUCUCAUCUGUAGUACUUAAAGGACCAAUUUGCAUUUUGUUAGCAAUGGUGCACCUGUGUAAUGAGGGUGUUGGGCGGUGUUUGUAAUUACCUUUUAUAGUUACAUAGUUACAUAGCUGAAAAGAGACUUGCGUCCAUCAAGUUCAGCCUUCCUCGCAUACGUUUUUGCUGUUGAUCCAAAAGAAGGCAAAAAAACCCAGUCUGAAGUGUUUCCAAUUUUGCAACAAACUAGGAAAAAAUUCCUUCUUGACCCCAAAAUAGCAGUCAGAUGUCUCUUUGGAUCAAGCAGUUAUUAUCCCACUAAUUAGAAAUUAUAUCCCUGUAUGUUAUGUUUUUGGAAGUAUUUACCCAAUUGCAGUUUAAACAUCUAUAUGGACUCUGAUAAAACCACCUCUUCAGGCAGAGAAUUCCAUAUCCUUAUUACUCUUACUGUAAAAAAAAACGUUUCUUUGCCUUAGAUGAAAUCUACUUUCUUCCAGACUAAAUGGUGACCUUGUGUCCUACGUAUAGCCCUGUUUAUGAAUAGAUUUCCAGACAAUGGUUUGCAUAUAUUCAUAUAAUGUUAUCAUAUCCCCUCUGAGGCACUGUUUUUCCAAACUAAAGAGAUUUCUAUUUUUUAACCUUUCUUCGUUAACUAAAAUGCUCCAUUCCUUUUAUCAAUUUUGUAACUCGUCUGUACUUUUUCUAGUACCAUGAUAUCCUUCUUUAGAACAGGUGCCCAAAGUGGCACAGCAUAUUCAAGGUGUGGUCUUAGCAGCGAUUUAUAAAGAGGCAAAAUUAUAUUUUCAUCCCGAGGAUUUAUGCCCCUAUUUAUACAUGACAAAACCUUACUGGCUUUAGCAACUGCAGAUUGACAUUGCAUAUUGCUGCCUAAUUUGUUGUCUAUAACAAUUCCCAACUCCUUCUCGUUUGUGGUUAUCCCUAAUUCACUACCAUUUAGGGUGUAAGUUGCUUGUGCAUUCUUGACCCUGAAGUGCAUAUCUUUGCAUUUCUCUACAUUAAAUUUCAAGUGCCCAGUCCCCCAAUCUAUCCAAAUCCCUCUACAGCAAAGCAAUAUCCUGCUCACAUUUUAUUACUUUACAAAGUUUUGUGUCAUCUGCAAAGACUGAAACAUGGCUUUCAAUGCCUAUUUAAAGAUCAUUUAUAAAUAUGUUAAAUAGAAGCGGUCCCAAAAUAGAACCCUGAGGGACAUCACUUACCACUUUUGUCCAGGCUGAACAUUUACCAUUAAUGACACCUUGUUUUACUCUAUCCUUAAGCCAAUGUUCUACCCAAGAACAAGAAUAUUCAUCUAGACCAAUUUCUUUUAGUUUGAAGACUAACCUAUUGUGAGGAACUGUAUCAAAUGCCUUGGCAAAAUCCAAGUAGAUCACAUCCACUGCAACACCCUGAUCUAUACUUCUACUUACUUCUUCGUAGAAUGCAAUUAGGUUAGUUUGACAUGACCUAUGUUUCAUAAAACCAUGUUGAUUAUUGCUAAUAACAAAGUUCUUCCCAAUGAAUUCCUGAAUAUUAUCCCUUAAUAGCCCUUCAAAUAUUUUCCCAGUCACAGAAGUUAAGCUCACAGAUCUAUAAUUUCCAGGCAAGGAUUUUAAACCCUUUUUAAAUAUAGGAACAACAUCUGCCUUCCUCCAAUCCUCCGGUACAAUAACUGAAACAAAAUAAUUUUGAAAAAUGAAAUACAGAGGUUCACUUAUUUCCCCACUUAGCUCCUUCAGUACUCAUGGGUGAAUACCGUCAGGCCACGGAGCUUUAUUUACAUUAAUUUUCUUUAACUGCUGUAGCACCUUGUCUCGAGUCAUCCAAUCACAAGUUAUCUGCAAGUUUUUUGCAGCAAUCAUUUGCAUAUCUCUUGCCAUAGGAUCCUCAUUAAUAUAUACUGAAGAAAAAUUGUUGUUUAAAAUGUCUGCCUUUUCCUGGUUUUCAUUAGCUAACAGACCCAUCUCGGUUUCCAGUGUUCCUACACUUUCAUUUUUUGUUUUUUCAGAAUUGAUGUACUUGAAAAAAUUUUGGGGUUGGUUUUGCAUUCUUUGGCUAGCAAUUUCUCAUUUUCUAGGUUUGCCACUUUAAUUGCCUUUUUCGCAAGCAUUAUUCGUUUCCUUAUAACUUAUAUAGGAUGCCUCUGAUUUGUCCGAUUUAAAUGCUUUAAAUGCCCUUUUCUUAUUUUUAAUCUCUUGUUUUACUUCUCUACAAAGUCACAUUGGUUUCAUUUUUUUUUUUUUAUAUUUAUAACCCAAUGGUACAUACUGAGAAAUAUACCUUUCUAAUAUUUGUUUGAAUAGUUUCCAUUUAUCCUCAGUGUUUUUUUCACUAAGGGGUUGAUAUGUUGCAGAGCUGCCCUAAUCUUAUUGAAAUUGUUUUUUUUAAAUUAUACAUUUUAGUAUACCCCACGUGCUUUUGCUUUUUUGAGUUUAUUUAAAAAAAUGACCAUAUUGAUAUUGGCUCUAGAGAUGUUGAUGUUGGCAGAGCCGCACAUCAUCAGCAUCAUCAGCAAAAAAGGCUAUUGCCACGUGGUAAUUCUUACUGUAAUAUCUGAUGCAUUUCGCCCGUUAAUAUGGGAAUGAUAUAAUGGACACAGUGGACGCCAAAAAGUAACAGCUAUUAAUAAAAAAUAAAAAUAAAUAGCUGUAUAUCAUAAUACCAACACAAAAUAAAGCACCGUGCUUACAGCAGCAGUGGCUAAGUAUCUAACAGUUCAAAAUACAUAGUAAAAACAAAGAGAAAGCUCCCUGCGCUCUGACCCAAAUCCCUAUGUACAUUUAAACAAAAUGGAGGCUCUUUAGUUUCAUUCCAACAGCCAUUUGAAUUUAAGCUCACCUGCCACGUUUAUAAAAUACCCCUUCCUGUCUUAUUGGAGAUUCUUGGCUGAUAUCAGCAUAUCUAAUGGCUAGUGUAGGACUCACCUUUUGAGGCUUGCCUUGACGUGGCAGGUGAGCUUAUAUUCAAAUGGCCAUUGGAAUAAAACUAAAGAGCCUCCAUUUUGUUUAAAUGUACAUGGGGAUUUAGGCCAGAGCGCAGAUAACGUUCUCUUUGUUUGUAGCAUGUAUAUCAUAAUACUGACAAUAAAAUAUUCUAAAACCUGCACAUUUUCCAAUUGAUAAACCAUCAGGGUGAAUCGAACACAUUAUGUACAACAUUUAGGAUAAUUUGUAAGACAGAGAAAAAAAUCUUUCUAAUUAAACUUACGCUUUGAGAUUUAUUUAUUUUUAAUUCACCACAAUUGGCUGUUUAGUGAAUAGUCACCCCAGGAUGUUAUGUGAGCUACAUCCAGUGUGAAUAAUGACUAAAUAGCUCAGCACGUCCAGGUCAUUUUAAAAUUAAUGAAAAUUUCAGGGAUUUACCACCCUCUAGUGCCCCAGCCUCUCUGCUCCUCCGUUUAAUACUCUGCAUAAUGAUGCAAGCACAGAGGACAGACCAUAGAGGAGGACAACCUCUUUAUUAUAACAAAAAGCAAACAAUCAAACAAAGCCAUUAAAUCUCAUUACAGAUUAUCUUCAUUGCCUAAAGUGUCCUAAAUGGAUUACAUGCUUCUGCAGCUGUAGCCGGGAGUAGAUACAGUAUGUUUGCAUGGGAGAGAGAAAAUUGACGGGAAAUGCUUCUGCCUACAUGUGCUGGAAAUCUAAUUGUCACGAGCAAUGUGGGCCCUCUUCUCUGGGUGUUUGUUUCUGUACAUUAUCUUGUGAGCGCAUCCUUUGGGAAGUGUGACACAGAUAUAGGGGUUUACAACAGAUUCAGGCGAUGAAAUGUAUUAUCGGAUUCACUGCAGGAAACAACCAUGAUUUCUUUUUUUUUUUAACCACUUGUAAAAUUUAAAAUAUUCCAAGGAAAAACUUAUUUCUACAUGAACAUAUAGAAUAUCAAGAUUUUUAAAAAAAAUAAAAUAGAAAAAAAAAUAAGCUGCAGACUAAAUUAAAUGUAAAAAAACAAAAACAUUUUAUUCGUAUACUUUUCAAACCAGAAAUUAAAAAUAUGGUGAAAAUAAAAGAUAUGAUCACAAAUGUGCUUUUCAAAGCUCCUCGUAAAAAGAAAAGAAAAAUAUUUUUUUUUAUCCAUAGCUCUUAUCCAACAUUCCUUCUGAACAGUUAUUGGGUGGUCCUGCACUAAUUUAGAUAAGAUCAGGUGGAGACGCAUUGUCUAUCUUUUUGUUCCUGUGCAAAUUGUAUUAUGAGGCUGUUAUAAAGAUUAUUCCUAAACUGUUUGCUUACAUAAACAUGCUUAGAGAUGACAUUGCUUGCGGCUUCUUUGACUUUUAUUCCCACCACCUGUUCAUGCUUUACUUCCUCUGCUACUGUCUCUUCAAGGUCUUCUAUCUUUGUGAUGUCUCUGUCCCUUGGGGAAUUUCUCGACUCUUCUCUUCCAAGCCUCUGCUUCUAUUUCUCUCACCUUUUCCUCUUGUUUGCCAUCCCAAAACUGCUCGUUGUCACAGUUUUAUAUUUCAAAUAUUAUUAUCUGUCCAAAAAGACCAGAAUCUAGUAAUUUCUCACCAAAUUUGUCUAUCGAACAUAUAAGUACACAAUAAACAUUAUGUAUUGCUGGUGUACUGAAGCAAAUAUAAUGACAGCGUGAUCUGUGUUUAGUCCUCCACAACUAGUGGUUGACUUCCUCCCCCAUAAAUACAACUGCACGACGGCGUUGUGAAGGAUGAAAUUUAAUGUAAGCAUGUUCGAAAUUCACUUAUGUGAACUAACACAUAAUCUUCAAGACAGCUUGCACUGAUUACUAGCCUUGAACACUCAACACACCAUAUACCGAGAUUUGAAAGACACAGUAGGUCCAGUAGAUGGUAUCUCACAUCAAAGUAUCUAUGCCCAUUUUAUUUGCAACACCUCCCAUGCACAGUAAUGCCAAUUGUAAAGCACUGAACGCAUCUGUUGGCAUUCUAUAAAUAAAGACACACAUGUGAAUAUAUAAUUAUAUAAGUAUUUGCAGAAUUGGUCCCAUAGGUAUAACGUGAUAUUAUAUAGUCCUCAUGACUUGUCAUGAGAUAUCAAUCAGUUGAUGAAUAUUCCCAUUGGGAUUAACCUGAUUAAGGAAGCUGUGAUACAUUCUGCUACAGAAGGGUCAAAAUCUAAUUCUUGAUUUGCAACUGAAAUAAGUCCCUGAAGGUCAUGAAAUCUAACCUCGGUGGACUUACUAUAUUGUUGUAUUGAUCGUCACCUGCAUGCAAGAACAUAAUGAAACACCUUCAUUUAACUUAACUAAGCAAUUCUGUCACUGAAAUGGGCUCAUUAUGAUACUCGUGAAUAAGUAUUUUUUAUCACUAUGGUCAUUGCAUCCUAAAUAGAAGUUUAUUGGCAUAAUGAAGCAUUUAUAAUCUAAUUUUGUUGCCUUGGGCACCCAGGAAUAAUGGGACCAGCAAUGAGUCGAUUCUUUUCAGAAUAAAAACAAGAAGAAGAAAAAAGAAUCACCGGGCCCUUUCUAAAUGAGGAAGAAAAGUGUCUUAAUGACCUGACGGAUUCUCUGUAGCAUGUGUAUAUCAAAUGAGGCAUCAGCCAGUAUAAAAUGCCAGAUGAAGCACAAGUGAGAAAUGGAAUGUUCUAUUGAGGGAAAGAAAGUGUCGUGUGUGGAAUGAUUAUAAUGAAUGCAAGGAAUAUGCAAUUUCUUUUUGCAAUUAUAUCUUCAUGCAAAGAUCUACAGGUGUUAAAAAAAACAAGAAAAAAUGAAAAAAGAAAACUCUAAUUCGAUAACAUGGAUUUGCGUAGGAUGUUAUUUAGUGUAUGAUAUUUCAGCACCUCGGAUAGCGACCCGGCUGACUUAGUUGGCUUCUCUUGUGUUAUUCUCAGGGGCACUCAUUGGAACGGGGAAGCAAUAGAAUACAUUUUAAUUGAAGGAUUUUCGGCAAGUAAAUGAUAAAGUAGAAGAAAGGAUUUGGGCUAAGGACAGUAGGGUUCAAUAUUCCCUAGAAAAGCUGACCUUCAUUUCACACUGAGCCUGAUAAAUGAUACCAGUACUUUCUUAAGAGCUCUUCUUUUAUCCUGCUGUGCGUAUCCCAUCCCUUAGCGCUAAGAAAGAGACUUUGGAUUGAGUGUUCCUUUUAUCUGAGUUUUAAGGGAUGAUGCUUUGUAUGAGUUAAUGGGAGCAGGGGAUGGGCUUGCUCGUUAAUGGAGUGGCCUGCCAUUGCAUCUCAGAAUUAAUAGUGGAGAGGAGAUGGCAUAGAACUGGAAAUGGAUUUGACUCUAAUAUCUUCUUUUUAGAGCGAUCCUUCAACUGAACCUAAACUCUAAAGCAAUGCAAGCUAUUUAUCUGUUUAGUAAAUUUAUCGGGGGCUGCUGGUUUACCAUGUUUUGUGUAUAGUUUGAUUGAGAUAUUCUACAUCUUUCAUAUAUUUAGCAGAAAGCUGAUCUCUCCAGGUAAUUUUAGUAGUCUACACUCCUUCUGAAUUUCAACAAUUACUGCGUGGAAAUUUUUUCUUCCAAAAACUGAUGAGAAAAUACUGUAGCAAUUGAUGUCAUACAGCUAGCCCUGGAUUCUGAUACUAUAAUUAAAUAUAUUGAUUCUGAUUGAAAUACUCCAUAUGACAAAAUGCUCAUACAAUCAUCCCAUCUCUUAAAAUGUCUUUUUUUUUGGUUUAGGCAAUCUCAUCUCUUGAAUUUCCUACCCUAGUUUAUUUUGCACUUGAUAUUGAUUAAUGACUCUAAAAUGUAAUUGGUUUUGUUCCAUCACCUUAUCUUAUUUUGGAGUCCCUAGUUUUAAGACACUAAUUCUGUAUCUUAAAGAAAUGCUAUAGUGUCAGGAAGAAACAUUGAUUGUACUGAAAAGCUAUUUUACUUACCUUUUUUUACCAAUACGCGCAGGCCUCACCGCAGCUGGCUCUGCUAGGCUCCGAUUUCAUGUCUGAGCCCAUGAUGCUUUCCCAUAUGAAGGAAUUGGGAGGCUGUUGCAUGUGUGCGGCAAAACACUUCACUACGCCAAUCAGCAUCUCGUCAAAGAAAUGAAAUGAAUCAAUGCAUCUUUAUGGGGAACGGUCAGUGCCUCCAUGCAGAAAAUGGAGAUGCUGAAUUUAGGUGCUGCACACAUGCAACAGCCUUUGAAUUUAGGUGCUGCAGCAGUGACAAAGGAAGCACCUCUAGUGGCUGUCUGGGUGACUGCCACUAAAGGUGUAAGUAGCCAGCAAUGUAAAUACUGCCUUUUCCAAAAAAAAAAAAAAAGGCAGUGUUCACAUUUAAAAGCUUGCAGGGACUGGCUACAGACACCAGAACCACUACAUUAAGCUACAGUGAGUCUGGUGACUGUAGAGUCCCUUUAAACUGUGAUGGAAAUGAAACCACCAUAAACUGGUGAAUCAGUCAGCUCUUAUAAAGGGCCAAUUAUUGUAUUUUAACUCAAUUAUAGUUGAGGCUGCCAUUAUUGUACAAUAAUUCCUAUAGACAGUGCGGUUCUAUUAUCUCAUUAGCAGCUUAAUGCAAUACAUGUUUUCUUGGUGUGAAAAAAAAGCAGGAUUCUUUGUUCGUUACUUUCUUUAGAUCACUGGCAUUAUCUAUAUCGUUGGGGGUAGCAGGUCCACUAUAUUAUCUUUGUAAAUAGAAAAAAGAAAAGAAAAGAAAGCUAUUUAGUAUCUCAAUAGAUGGUAGGUUUUGGUCAUUUCACUGAAGGUUACUGAUGAACAGAACAAUUGUUUGUCGAAAGGCCAAGAUCUUUCAGCUAGAUUAGCAUGUUGGAGUGAUGGCGUCAAAGUAAUCUCUGUAAAGAAUAUACUGACAGAUUUAUCAUACGGUGUAGACAUAGCUUAAGUCAGUAUGAUGAAGAAAAAGCAGGAGCCGGGGGGAAGCUAUCUCUAUUCUCAUAUUUCCGUUGAUUGUAAUCUACUCUUUUGAUUUGCAUACUCUUCCUCUACUGUGCACAAAACGGAUCUAAUACAGUCAUGAAAUGAGAUGUAAUUUGCAAUAGUGAUUUCUAUAUGAUUGCAUAAUUACAAGGGUGGAGGACACAAGUCAAUCAACAUCGGAUCGCUCUUGUAAUGUGCAACUCAAAGAGAAUGAAAUGCAGAAAAAAAUGCUCUGCUUUUUCUGUGAAUUGCCUUUAACUCCAUAAACAUGAUUGGAGCACUUAUUGUGCUAGAAAAUACAUAUAAUGUUUUGAUCAGAAAACUUUUGUUGAUAUCGUUAUCACUAGAGUUAUGUUCAGCGUCUGUGCCAGUGACUGCGCACACAAGCUUAUAGACUUAUCAAGAAUGCUACUGUUUUAUUUUCUUACUUAUAGAGUGCCAACAUAUACUGCAAUGCUGUACAACGGGUACAUUAAAAAAAGUCACGUGGCAAAUUAUGACAGAGAAAUGUAUUCAAAUGGUAACAAAAGGUGAGAAAGGUACUGCUCACAAGAGCUUACAAUCUACAAGAUGUUGGAUAUAAUCACACAUAAUGUAUGCAAAGCAUCCAGAAGGGCAGAUAGAAUACUAGAAUACCAGAUGUCCAUUCUGUAUCUAACUUAUCAUAUUAAUAUACGUUAUAAGAUUUGCAUUGUAACAGUUGUGUAAUAAGAUAAAGCAGGAUGUAGACGCAGAUCCUGUGAUAGUAGAAGUCUUACAUACAACAGAUUUAACAAAUUUAAAUCUUGUACAUUAAACAAAUAUAUUUGAGGCCAAAACAAAACUUUGUAUGGAAAUCUGUUCAUAAACAGGACUAUACAUAGGACAAGAGGUCGCACAUUUAGACUGGAAGAAGGGAGAUUUAGUCAGGAGCAAAGGAAAGGGUUUUUCAGUAAGAACAAUAAGGAGAUGGAAAUCUCUGCCUGAAGAGGUGGUUUUAUCAGACCAUAUACAGAUGGUUAAACAGCAAUUGGAUAAAUACUUGCAAAUAUAUAUAUAUAUUCAAGGAUAUAUAUUUUUUAAUUUGUGGGGUAGUAGCUUCAUGAUCAAAGGAGAUAUCUGACUGCCAUUCAUGGAUCAAGAAGGAAUUUCUUUUCUAGUUUGUUGCAAAAUUAGAAGUGCUUGAAACGUUUUUUUGCCUUCUUUUGGAUCAACAGCAAAAACAGACACAUUUCUCAUUUCAGCUGUGGAUGUGUGUAAUUGUGGACUGCUGUAGGAAAUGGUAUAUUAUUGUAAGUUGAUAAGUAUCCAUAAGGAAGUGUUUUUUGGGGACUUUUAAAAGUAUUGGAAAUGAGGUACAAUCUGAUGCGGUGACGUUAGGCAUUCCAUAGGCAUGGGGCAGAUAUAACAAGUCACAAUGGCCGUCUGGUGUGGAAAAGGGAACAAAAAAGAUUUCACUUGAAAAAUAGAGACACUAUGAAGUUUAAUAUAAGAAUUUGAAAUUUAAUUCUAAAGGACUAAGGAGCCCAAUGAAAAGUUUGACAAAGGCAUGAGUAAUAAAAUGUUUUAGUAAUGCGGACAUCAAGAAGGCCAAUCAGGGAUGGGUUGCAAUAAUUAAGUUGGAGACUAAAGUAAUGAGCAAACAGGGGAGUCUCUUGGUGGAGGAAACAAAAUGUAUGGUUUGGAGAGAUGGAAUUUCGGGUGUUAGAAAUAUAGUAGAAUUAUUUAAAUUGUUUAACUAUUCAAGGAAGAUUUCGUAAUUCUUCGUCUUUUGUAAUGAAUCUUGAAAGCAGGUUACAAAUGUAUUAACUAUGAGGUAAGUGGAUUCAUGAGUCACUUGAACUGAAGAUAGAGUUGUAAAAGGAGAUGCUAAUAAGGGAAUUAAAGUAAAUUUACUUAGCAUGGGUCAUAAGCUCAAUAUAAGGGUACUUGAUUAUGUGUAUACAAUACCACGAGUGAAAUUGUGAGCUGAAGAUUUUAUUUAAAUUAAAUGGAUAUGAGUCAUACGGUGCCUCUCAAGUGUUUCUCUAUGUGACUCAAAUCCCAAUGCACCAGUUUUUUACCCUAAUGUCAUGUGUUUAAGUCUCACACCAUAUUGUAAUAUACAUCAUGAUGUAUAUUAUUUUGACCUGUCCAAAUUUCAUGCAUAGAAAAGUGUUCUGUAUGAUACAAGGACAGCGGGGACGCUCAAUGGGGAAAGAUAAAAAACAUUUUAUUGUCUCUCUAAGAGAACAAGGAUAUAACAAUGAAUGCAUAUAUAAAAUAUAUAAGGAGAAUUUAUCGUCAAUGCCAAAUUUACCUUAAAUAAUGUUUUCUUUGAAUUUCCACUGCUUACUGCCUGUUUGAAAGCCUAAUAAAAUACUCUAAUUGAAAAUAAGUAGAUAAGACGAAUGCAUAUUUCUUGGGGACACCAUAGCUCGUUUUCUCUCUAGAAGGACCGUUGGUGAAAGUAGAUUUUAUCUUGCACAGCACUACACCACAGUCUGGACACUAAGACCUUGAUUUAAUAUUUUUGGAUAAGCUCAUCCAAAGAUUUAAUUUUUAGAUUUUUUUUUAAAUGAUAAUUAUAUACUUUUUAUAUAUUGUUGUAUUUCUUUUAUAUUUUAAUAUUUUGAGAAAAUCAUUUCAAAAGCUUAUCCAAAUAUAUUAAAUCCAGGCCAAAUAUGGAAGCCCCUGUCCCCAGUGGCGUACACACAACCCAUGGGGCCCCGGUGCGAAAACUGAUCUGGCUCUGCGCGGGCCGGGGCCACAACACAUGGUGGCGGGCACCUGGUCGCAGGGGUCGCAGUGCUGCGACCCCUGCAACCGCGGUAUGUAUGCCAGUGCAUGCAGAUACACAUACACUUAAAGGACCACUACAGACACCCAGAUCACAUCAGCUCAAUGAAGUGGUCUGGGUGCCAGGUCCCUCUAGUUUUAACCCUGCAGCUGAAAACAUAGCAGUUUCACAUGUGCAUUCGGAGCUGAGAUGCGGAUCGGGGCGGAGAGAUCCCCAGCGCCACACACACUAACACACACACUCUAACACACACACUCUAACACUAACAUUAACACACACACAUUCUAACACUAACACACACUCUAACACACACACACACUCUAACACACAUACACACACUAACACACACACACACUCUAUCUAACACUAACACACACACACACUCUAACACACACACUCUAACACUAACACACACACACACUCUAACACUAACACACACACACACACUCUAACACUAACACACACAACACACUCUAAUACUAACACACACACACUCUAACACUAACACACACACACACACUCUAACACUAACACACAGACUAACACACACAUGUUUUUUUUUUUUAUUUCAUCCCCCAGCCUCCCUACCUUUGGGAGUGCUGAGGGGAUUAGCUGGGGUCCAGUGGUGUCACCUGGCAGGCAGGCUGGCUGGCAGGCGCGAGGGAGCACUCUCCCCUGUGUGCUCCCUCGCACCUCUCAUAUUGAUGCCGGAGUCGGAAGAUGACGUCAUUUUCCGGCUCCGGUAUCAGUGCGGUGUGCGAGGGAGGAGAGUGCUCCCUCGCGCCCACCAGCCAGCCUGCCCACCGGGUAAUACCAGGGCCAGCUUUGGGGGGCCUGAGGUGGCUGGCUCCUGGGCCCCCCAGGAGAAGAGGCUGGCCACAGUGGGUACAUACCAGGUCACACUUUCUUCUCUGAAAGUGACCACUUUUGAAUACCUUACCCCAGGAAGUGCUUUUAAAUUUCUCACUAUGCUGAGAAGUACAUGACAGGUAACUUAAGUAUAAAACAAAGUUAAAUAUGCUGUAUUUCUGUUAUCUUGGUGAGAUCUCAAGCUGACUUGGGCGUUUCCUAUAUGCUUGUAUGUGCCCUUAUGGCUACUGCAUAUUUAGCACUGGGGAAGUGGAGAGGGGUGAUUAAUUAAUUUACACUACACACUCUGACUGUGCCAGGACUACUACACAUACAAUGUCAAUUCGAAAUCAGAAACCAUUCAAAAUUUAAGAAACAUAGCCAUACAGCUAGCUAAUGUCUAGUUUGACAAACUAAAGCUAAAAUAAUUCAUCUUUAGCUUAAAUAUCUCCAUUUGAAUUUAAAUUUGCUCCAAAUUAGAUGUUAAUGAAUAAGCCCCCUAGAGGUAUAGUUCACUAAAAAAGUGAGGCGUACUGAAUGGAAAACAAUAUUGCAAAAUUUGCUGCCAAAAUAGUUACAUUUAUAAAAAGUUAUUUAAUAUAGCAUUUUUAGAUAAUUUAAACAAAUUGUCCGUCAUAUUUGUUAUCAGUUUAGCUGUAGUGGACUUUUUCCAAAUUCACUUUGAAUUCCCAGCAAAUCUCACUUUGGUGAAUAUCCCUAUUUGUGUAGUGUUUUUUAACGAUCUAAUAAUGGUUAUAUUAUAGGCACAAUAUGACACCUUGCUUCUUCACUCAGACAUGUGCUAGGGGUAAUUCCGUGUUUGUUUUGGGCCAAGAUAAAUACGAAUCCACUUUGCAGCACUCAAUUUGAGCGUGUGUGUUUACACACAGCGCCUUCUUAACACACUGAGACAUGAGGACCGCAGGGAUUAGUACCUAAUGAAUUUUAAACCUGAGUUCCACUUAAAGGGGUACUCUAGGCAAUAUAACCAAUUCCUCUCGUUGAAGUGGUUAUAGUGCCUGGAGUCCCCUUGCGCCAUCUUUUGUUCAAUGUUAAACCACUUUUGAGGGCCCCCGGCAGCCUGAACCCUCUGUGCUAAAAAAAACAUAAGUCAAGUGGUGGCCACAUUGCAGAGUAAAAAAAACAGUAUAAUAUGUGUAGCAUAAAGCAGUUUUUGAGAACCAGAUGGUCGAAUACUAUACACUGCAGGAAUAUGAGCUGUUACGUCCAACGUGUGUUCUUUUUAUGAUAAAGAUUCUGCUUUCCUACAAGCUAAGAUUUCUUUUGUACGCGGCACUUGUUCUCAAAGACACCUUUCCUCAAUGCCACAAUACAGUUACAGCACCAUCUUGACUUUGCCAAAAGUCUUCAGACUGAUAAUCGUACUGAUAAAUGUCCAUUCGGUCAUGCUUAUCAGCUGGCAUUCAAUUUUUAAAACAAAAACUAAAUAAAGCAUAAUUGAGUAUUUGUCACGUCAGUGUGACACAUUUUUAAUUAUCAUAAAAAUUAUUAAUUGACACUUAUUACAAGCAGACUUAGUUCAGAUGGUCUGGCCUCUGCCUAUUGUAAUUUUUGGUAUUCUUGGUACCGUGAAAGAUUAGGGAUUCCAUACACCAUAACAGGAGUUCUCAAACCAGUCCAUAAGACCCACCAAGAGUUUUGUCAGUAUCUCCGUUGGAAUAAAAUAUGGAAAUACAUUAUUCCUGGUUUGUUGGUGGGCCAUUGGGACUGGUUUGGGAACCACUAUCAUAAUACACAGAAGAUUGUGUUAGCAAGACUCACUCAAUUAAUUUUAUCAAGCCUGAUCAUCUGUCAAUAUAUUUUCUUCUAAAUCAAUAUAUGUAAAUAUAUGAACUGGAGAUUUUUGGAUAUUUACUAGGAAGUCUCUCAACUCAUUUACUCUUAAAUAUAACCUGAAUUUGUGAACAUGCUCUUAAAAAAGACACAUGCGCAGAAAUUAUCUUAGAUCACAUAUUUAGACGUUGUUUCUUUUAUUUAGUCCUGAAAUUAAAGGCUCUGCCAUUGCUUGGACUAGCCACUGCAUUAAGGUUAUGUCAAACGUCUUAUUUAGCGUGACGAUGGCUGACAGUACUUGAUAUGGUCUAGGGUUCUCCGUAAAUAAUGAGGAACGUAAUUCUAAUUACUAUGAAGCACGGUGUAGUGGUUUAUAGUUUGAUAGCCUGACUUCUCGUAGCACUGUUCCCUCUAAGCAACCUGUGUUUUCAUGGUCUCUAAUUGAUGUUAAACGAACAUAGACAGACAAUGAUGUCUGCAUCUUGGCGUUAUUGCCACAGUAUACUGUUUUCUUUAGCAUUAGUUGUGAAUUAAAAAAAUAAAAAAAUAAAAAAUAUUUAGAUUUUUUUUUAAAUAUCAGUGUGUGAUUUUUCUUUGAAAAAUGUCCCCUUGUAGCGUUAUGGGGAGGUUGGGUUAUCCUACUUAUAUUUUUACUAUACAGUUUGCAUUUUCAUAAUGUAGAGGGGAUUUAUACUAAAUUGUGUUUGCCUUCCACUUUAAUGUCCUUAUGGUUUAAUUUAGUUUCAUUUGUUUAUCUGUGUUUUAAAUUGACUGUUUCUCGUGCAGUAACCAUGAAUGUACAGACGCAUUGCUAAUCAAUAUAACAAACAGUAAUUCCAGAAAAAGCACAGUAAUAUAGAGUAUCAUGUUAAACUGUGUUUAAUAUUUAUAAAUAAUAACUGCCUUAGAGUCUCGUAUGUAUGACAGUCACAAAGCAAUGAUAUAUAAGCAUCUACUGGACAUCGUGGCCCUAAGGUACAUCAUUUCUCUUGGAAUUCAAUCAUUUCUCCUUAGAACUAAAAUAUUCACCAUCACCACUUUGCAUUGUUUUGUCUUUGCUACGUUUAAGAUGGUUUGAGAACGGUCUGACAACUUUCCAGGGUACCGAUGGCUGCAAACGCAUCUGGAUUCUCCUUGGUGUAGAAUCCAGUUGGCUCCACUGACUAGGGUCAGCUGACUGAAGUCAGCCAUUGAAUGCAGUCCUGUAUUGGCAGGGAUUAGCUCAGCUAAGACUCCUGGAUUCUCCUUCAAGUGAACUCCAGAUGCAUUGCAGGCACUCAGGUAAGUUCUUAAAAAGGUUUGACAAAAUACUUUGGGAGCAGGCUGUAGUAGUUAUGUCUAACAAUGGUUUAUCUAGACAGAAAAUAUAUAAUUUACCUGUUUUUUCCCUUAUAGUUUAAUUUUCACUCUAUCUGCAGGUAUAUUGUUCUUUAUACACCGACGCAUUCCACAGGCUUUACCUCAAUGAUCGAUUUCAUUGUUUUAAAAAGCUUACAGGUGCCAUGACCCCAUCUCCUCCAACCAUACUAACACGCUAUUACCAACAAUCUACCUUUACAUUGGCUUUUCCUAUAAUCUGCUCUCUAGCCUACUGCAUGUAAUGUAUGUGUUUAUAUUUUGCUAGAGUCAUUUGGAAUAUAGUGUUUGAAUUCAAUAAUGCAAUUCUAAAGAUCUAAACAAAUCAUGCUCUAUAAAACAGAAUUUAAAAAAAAAAAGGCCACAUUAAACCUAAUGAAGUUAAAGCAUACUGUUGCUUUAUCUUCAAUACUGUUUAAUUAAACAAUGAUUGCAUUUAUUACGCAUACCAUGGAUUACAGUAAUUAUUUUAGAACUAAAUGCCAGCAUCAGUGUAUAUUCAUUCUGCCCUUUCUUUGAUUUGUCAAAAAGGGGGGGGUUUUGCAUCACUUUUUUUGACUUUUUGAGCACAGCCUCCUAGAGAACUGUAAAAAUAUAGAAUGAAUAAAAAUAGCUUUUUGGGAUAACAUUUGGAAUAAUAAAUAAAAAUGUAAUGUACCGCCGCAUACCCUAAACAAAACUUAUUUUUUGUGUCUUUCAUUCUACGAGGGGGUUUUUCAAUAAGUGACUUAUAGUGGUUUUAAAUUAAAUUUUAAAUUAUAGGACACAAUUAGUCAAGCCAGUGCAGUAGCCGAACUGACAUUUUUAUAGCUAUAUUGGACACAAUUUAACUUUUUUUUUCAUAUAUGUCGAUUCACCGAAGGAGCAAUAUACCAUGGUAUCCAAAGUGCUCUCUGUGAUGUUGAACCAUAAUUGACUUCUACAAUUGUAUCAAGUUGUUUGGUGGCAGAUCUCGACUGGAAAUAACUCAUUUCAACUCGACUUGUUAAAGGAAAGCUGACAUUCUAUUUUUUGAAUAGUAUUAUAUAAUCUUUAUGUCACCAUAUACCAUCUCAUUAAUUUUUUUCAGGUAUGGUCAACUUCAAAAAACAAAUCCCUUGUCUCCACUUCCCAACCCCCAUCUUCCCCCCCCCCCCUUUCUGACGGUGAUAUUUUGCAAGAAUGGUUCAAUUUUGAUAAUGAGUAUUGGGUUGGAUUACUGACUAAAUUUUUGAUAUCAUUAUCAUUGAAGCCAACUCUGAUCUUUGCUUGCAAUAUGGUGGAGAAAUACCCAUCUUAAAAUAUCUGUUAGCAAAUGGUAAUUAUUCCCACAGUAAAUCGACAGACUUCAUUGGUGUUAUGUUCAGAUAUCAUAAAAUAUUUAACCAUUUCUCAAUUUUUGUGCACAAUAUCAAUAAAACCCUUGUCCACCCCAAGUCCACAUCUCUUUGCACCAUUGCUAUUGCAGUACCCUGUGUUACAUGAAGAGAAGUUGGACUCUGUUAGGUCACUGGUUGAUAUAAAAUAAAUUGUGUCAAAGUCUGGUGCAUUUUUCAGCUCUUCACAUUCUAUUAUAAUGGCACAAUGUGAGUUAGCCUCGUUCUUCCCCUUUUAGCAAUCAGUCAUGACCAACAACUGGUGUGUUUUUCAUUCUAAGCCUUUGGCUGAUGGAACAUUCUAGAUAUAAACAAGUUAUUGAACAUUAAAGAAAAAAAGAACAGUUUUGAAGUUUUUGAUACUUUGAAACCAAUGCCUGGCAUGUAGAAUCUUCUACCAUAUCUUGUUCAAAGUCAUUAAAAUAUGUUGUCUUGACCAAUUACCCUGUGAAUGGCACACAUACACAGCCAGUGCCGUACGUAUGCAAAUUCCAUCAUUAACCUGUAUCUGUUUGCGGUGGGUUUAACAGGUUACAUCAAUAAGGUAUCACAGUUUUCAUUUUGGUUAACCUCAUUAGUCUAUCGUGUGGAAACAGCGGGUGUUCCUGAUGUUUGUACACUAAUUGCGUAUACAGAGAUACACGUAGCUCUUUACAAAUAUUCUUCCAUCUCUCAGCUAUGUAACAAUUUACAUAACGCUUUAAACAUAUUUUGACACUCACCAUACAUUUUUAAAAAAGUACUCGUAGAUCCUGAUUAUGUGACAUAUUUUUCACAUGGUGUUUUACCGGGUGUGAAUAUAUUUAGAUCUCUUUCAUUUUCAUGUACGUCCUGUGGAGUGAACACUAAACACACCUGGAAGGGUAUAUAUUAAAAAGAUCUACUAAAUAAACAAGUAGUCAAUUAUGUGCUCCAGGUAUUUGGUCAAUAUUAAUGUAUGUUAACGUUUUUAGUAAAAUAACUUGCCUGGUUUAAGAGGAUUCUGUGUCAGGGUAAACCUAUGAUUUGAUGCGCACAUUGUUUUUCUCCAUAGCAGACCAGGGACUGGCUGAAAGACUUCAGCUACCUCCUGGUUUCAGAAAAAGAGAGGAGGUUGGUCAGAUCACUGUGAAAUUCUAUAAAAGAGGGACAUUCAAAAAUAUUUAUUUAAUGCAUGAUCUUUACAAUGCUUUAAAAGGUGGCCUAGAUCUGCACUGGAGUAUUUAUUUAAACGUAGUAAUUAUAGGUUUAUUCAACCGUGGGUAGAGAGGGAUAUGAAUUCAGAGAACUGAUCUGAGAUUUCCAGUUUCAGAGCUCUUAUUAAUACAGUACUUGACCCACUUUUUGUUGCGAUGGACAGUAGAGGGUAAAGUGCUAAAUCUGGACUCAAAUUUGUAGUGGAUGUGGGGAGCUGAAAUGAGACUAAUUUCGAGAUUGAGUAGCACUUUUACAGAAAACCAUUUAUAAACCAGUUAGGAAAGGUGAAGGAAAGGUACACCUGAUUAUGAAUAUUAGUCACUUUAGAAAGUUAAAAUAUAUCAUACCAUAUACUUUAUUUCCAUUGUCGGGGAUACCAUUUGCAUUUGAUACAUAAUACGUUUACAUAUAAUGAGAUUGCAUUUGCAUGAGUGUAUAGUGAUAGAAAAUGAGAAGUCGGGAUCUACCCACAAGCAAAACAUUUUGUAGAAAUUGACUAUGGGGAACCUUUAAUUUCACAUUAUAUUGACAAUUAACUGAAUAUUGCUUCAUUUAAGUACAUAAUUAUAUGGUUAUAUAGGUUUUUAAAAAAGGCAUACGUCCAUCACGUUCACAGGUUUUUUCUUCUGUUGAUAAUCAAAAAAAAGGUUAAAAAAUAAAUACAAAUUUUAAGUGAUUUCAAACUGAUCUUUGGAAAGAGGGUACAAUUAUUCCUAACUUCGAUGUUGUAACCAAAUCUCUUCCUGAAUCAACAAGUGGUAAAUCUAACGAAAUAAUAAAAACUAAUUGAGUAUUGUAAAGAACUGAACCCAAUAACAGACAAGUAUUUAGUGGUGUCCCUGCUUUAGUAUAGGUGAGUUAUCCAGGUCAUUUUCUUUAAAACACCUGUGUACCAGAAGGAUUUUUAUCACAGGGUGGCGUCUUGGGGUGAUCUGAGAGCAGAUUUUAUUUACAGUCCGAUACAAUUACAUUUUCCAUUUUUGGCUCCCAGCAGGUUAACUGAGUGCUUUUCACCCUAUCACUGCUGUCCGAGUUGGACACUGAGCUGUAGUGGUUAUUCUGCCUAGACAUACAUCCCAAGUGGCCCUGAUUAGGAGGGACAGUCCCUAUUUCAGAACCAAAUCUCUCUGUCCCUAUGUUCUAUCCUAUUGUCCCUAUUUUCUAGGAGCUCCAUAUUGUUGGUGUGUCUGAGUGUAUCACAGGGCUCUAGAGCAAUAAUACUCCCAGUAACGUGUCUUUAAACUACAAUAAAUAUGAAUCAGUCUGUUUAUAUAAGAUGCAUUGUUUUUAUUCUAAAUUACAUUAUAGUUGUAAAAACUGUUAUUAGUAAGUCACCUACAAUUUUCAGAACAACCUCGCUCCACUCCUAAAGUUAAAGUGUCCCUCUGUCCAUUUGCAAUUUUGGGAGGUGUGCUUAGAUUGCCUUUAACCCCUUAAGGACCAAACUUCUGGAAUAAAAGGGAAUCAUGACGUCACACAUGUCGUGUCCUUAAGGGGUUAAUGUAGUGGUAUUUGUUUAUAAGAUAGAAUGUCUGGCUAGUGACUCCUGUGUUCAAUAUAGGUCGGAACCCUGGGGGUUUAUUAGACCACUGAUACAGUAUUCACCAUUUUACCUGCAGGAAGGUAACCCAUACAGAGUAUCCGCAGAGAGUCCUAAAAAUAACACUCAUGAGUACUCGGAAACAGACAUUAUACCUAUCAGACAGAAUAGCUUGUUAUGAUCCCUUUAUAACACUGGGAAGUAUUAUAAUACUAUAUGAUACUUGUAAGACUGUAAAAAAUGUAAUCUUUUAGGAUCAAGACAAACUAAAUAAAUGAACCAGUUUAUCUAAAAUGAAUGUUCGUAUUUCCAUUCUAUUCUACCAUCCUAAGUCUUUUAUCUUUUUGUACACCGAUGCAGUAUAUGUUGGUGUGGCGUAAUUAAUUCAUACUAAUAACAUAUUGAGUUUUUUCUUCUCAUUCUCUAGCGCUGUUCCUCCUUCAUUUUUUAUUUUCCCAUCCUUUAUUUUUCUUCCUCAGUCUCUCAAGCACUCAUUAACUGUCCCUGUCAGUGUUUCCCAUCCACGUGUCCCGAAGCUGUCACAGUUACAUGCUUUAUUCCAAUAAUUACACAAUCACAAUGCAACCCCCCUCCCCAUCCCUCCCAUGUCCGCCACACACCUUGCCCCUCGUCUCCCCUGUCCCAUCCCCCACAUAAAUCCACUCUGCUUCCUUCCAACUGUGCUCUCUUCUUUUCAACGAAGGACCAGUUUCCAUGGCAACUGCUGCUGUGUAUCAAUAAGGCACACUAAGCAAAAAGCUCAUUGAUCUGGUCUUUGAUAGAGUCACAGGGUAAUGGCUGAAUGCUGUGCACUGUGUAACAUGAGAGCAGUAAACAUCGGCAUCUACAUCUGGGCUGGAAUAUGAAACUGGACAGACAGACAUAACAGCAUUCUAUAGAACACUGUAUUUCAGAUGGUUAUUUUGAACAAUUCACAUGUAUCUGAUUGUAAUAUUGCUGUAAUAGGCUAUAAAUUGUACGCCUAUGGACAAGACAUUCAAAUCCUACAGUUUUUUGUCCUUAGCUUUCUCUCAAAUUAAAUCUUCUGAGUCGCUUUAAUUAUUUUAGCAUAGCAGAGUCUCUUAAAAACGUCUAAUCAUAAUCUGGUUCAAGGACCACAAAAGUCACAUAGGCCACUAUAUGCCAAGUAAAGUGGUCUGGGUGAAGUGGUUCUGUCAUUUUAACCCUGUAACAUCAAACAUUGCAGUUUUUAAGAAACAUGCGUACGUUGCAAGGUUGAACACACUUUUUGUGGCUGUCUUUCUGACAGCCGUUAGAGGUGCUUCGGCGGCACUGACAAUUUAGUCACGUGACGCGGAAGCCCCCAAUAGGAAAGCAAUGAUUGAUGCAGGCGCUUCGGAUCUCCCAGGCUCCACUGUGAGGAGCGUUGGAUUGGACAUUGGCGGAAGAGGCCAUGCCUUUUUCUUGAUAUCACAGGAUGUGGAGAGGUAUUCCGUGCAAAGGGAGCCUCGGCGCUGGAAAAAGGUAAGUAAAACUUUAUUUUCUCUAUGUUUUACAGCACACGGUGGGGGGGUUAGGAAUACCGGCUAACGCUUUAAUGUUCCUUUAAAGGAAAGAGCAGUUCAUUCAUUAAACAGUUAGUUGAUAAACAAACAGCUGUUGCGUAAGAGGAACACUAUAGCGUUAGUAAUACAAACAUAUAUAGGUACAUGUUAUAGUGACCUGCUCAAUGUUUACGGUACCUCCCCCCCACCCUGUUUAUUUACCUUAUCUCCCUCGCUUCGGAGGUCUUAAUGAUUUCAGUUAACUCAAUAAUUUCCCAUAGGAGGCUAGUGCGCAUGCGCUGCAAAAUUCUGUGCUGCGCCAAUCAAAUGGUUUCUUUUAGCCCAUCUGAUUGAAAUAGCCAAGUUUAGCUCAACUAUUUCGAUGGAAGCACCUUUAGUGGCUAUCAGUGUGACAGGUUCCUGCAGAACAGCUAUAUUUUCAGCUACAGGGUUAAAACAACAGAAGAAUGGCACCAGGACCACUUGAUUGAGGUGAAGUGGUAUGGGCGCCUAUAGCAUUCCUUUGAAAAUCACUAACUUACCAGGGUUUGUUGGCUAAAUGGUGAAAUGUGGUGGACGAAGAGUUCCCUUACAACAUUUAGACUAAACUAGCCAAGCUGUGACUAUGGCUGAAUUGACAUAUUUAUAAAGCAACUAUCUGUGGCUAAUGUUUUCUAUUUAGUUUUGUAUUCACCACCACUUCCCCUUUAGCGAAUAACCCUGAGUUAUAUAUAAAUUGUGGGUCUUUUUAGUAUACAUUUUUCAAAUUCAGUUUUCAAAAAGCCGCAAUUCACCUUUUAGCCACUAUAAACCUAAAUGUAAAGUCAGUGUGUUAUGUAGCUUAUUAACUAGUUUAUAGCACGAGUACAUCUCUUAUAGAAUUGAAUUUAGCUAUUUAACCUAUUUGUAUGCAUUGCAAUGGGUUAUCAUCCUCCUUAGCAUUGAAAUGCGUUAACUCCUUCAUUGCUGCAGUCUACAACUCUACAAGAAUACUCUACUACAGGGAUAGGAAACCUUCGGCAGUCCAGAUGUUGUGGACUACAUCCCCCAUAAUGCUCUUACACCCAUAAUGCUGACAAAGCAUCAUGGGAGGUGUAGUCCAAAACAUCUGGAGUGCUGAAGGUUGCCUAUGCCUGCUCAACUAUGUCGUUGGCACUGAAGACGUCUUUGAGCAAACUAGAUUUUGAUCAAUUUAUUUAAAGGGCCAAGUGACAUCAAUGGCUAUAAAAAAAAAUUGUAUAUUUAAACCAGAGCAGCGGAGUUGAAGAAAAAAAUCUUUGCACAUUCUUGAAAUCAGUGGAGCAGAAAAAUGCCUGUCAAUACUGACUUAACCUUUGGGGGGAAUGGAUUAGUGGUUUUUAAAAUGUUUUUAAUAAUAGAUUUCUGUCCUGUAGUCUGAACCCAGCUUGCUAUUGGCUAUCUGACCAACCAUUAAUCCUUUCAUUAACAAUAAGUUAUAAAUUAUAUUUUUUGGGGGAAAUAAAUUAUUUGAUGCAUAGCUACAGUAUAAGCAUGGAUUAAAAUAGCAAUUACUUGUAGAGACUUCUAUUCAACGAUUAGCAAAAAAAAAUAAUCUAAAUUUGCACAGUUUUAAUUGUUCAUUUGCUUGAUCAACUUUCAAAUGUUGGAGGUGAGGGAGCAAAAUAAUUUGGAGAUUAUAUAGCACUGCCUAUUUUGUAAUAGUUCACAUAGGUUCCAAAAUGUAUGUGUAAAGAUAUUUUUACUGUAUAUUGAUGACUCUGGAUUGGGAUCAUCAAUUAUUUCAGUUCGUGAUGCCUCAAAGGACUCGGUGCCUCUGUAUAACACAGGCAAUUAGGACAUCUUCCUUUUUACUCUCCAAUAUACAGUUCCUCUAUAUGGUGACUUUAUUAUUUUUAUUUAUUUAUUGAUUUUUAAGGAACACAAAGCACUGAGAUAAUGAGCCCAUUCACACAUGAUAACCAAAGACACCGAUAUAAGAUGAAACUCAGUUAUAUUAGAUUUAACCCCAUUGCAACGGAGUCUGUUUGUGGUACUGAGCUGUCAUCAAUGUACUUAACGAAGGGCUUCGUACCACAAAUGGAGUGGGUUUAAAUGCCCUUAAAUCACAGUGAUUGUGGCACUGUGGCUAGUAAUGGAAGCCACACAAGGCAGGCAAUUGUGUCGUUUCCUGAGUAGUAACUAUUCCAAUUUAAUGUUGUUUUCACUAAAAAUAGGGUAUAUUAAACCAACUCACUAUCAGUGCAGAUGUAGAAUCCUAAACACUCAAAAUGAGGGGAGGUAGCGGGGCAAUUCAAAAAGGGACAUGUCAAUGAUGUCACAGGGGGUGUGGUGGGUGCUCUCUAGGAAAAGGGAAAUAUUCUCCCCAAAUGUCAGUGUGGCAUUCUGAUGUUCAGAAGAAGAGCUGAAUUGCAGAAAUUUUCCAUAUCAGCUAAUGUUGCCUACAUUUUGCAAUUCAGCUUUCAAUCCACCAAAGUUUAACUUUUAGUAAAUAAAUCCUUGUGUGUAAGAUUAAAUUUUAAAGCGUCUGUAGAGAUAACAAUUACCAUAAUAAAAGAUAAUUCAUCUUUUAAUUUUGAAUCACAGUAUCAGGCAAAAGUGUUUAUGACACAGUGUGUCAUUUAUAAAAUAAAUAGGCUUUUAGACAGAUCUGUAUUCUAUUACAUUUCCUAAAUGUAGCAAUGAUAAAUUACAAUUAAAUUUGGAAUACACUUUUCAGAUGUUUCAGACAUGUAAUGGACAGAAUGCAUUUUCAUAUUAAUUAUUCCCCUUGUUCGAAAUCCAUCUGGGACUUACUCACUUAAUGGAGAAUUGUGAAGAACUGACACAGGAGUGCAAAGCUUAGGACAAAAGAGAUAAAUUGGAAAAAGUUGUCACUUCAUUAAAUAUACAGGGAGAUGCUUUUAUGUGUAAUUUUUAGUGAUUUUUUGGUGCAAUUCAUUAAAUCUGUCGGGUUUUUUUUUUAUCUGUUGCUUCUUUUGUGCCUCGACUGUCAUUUUUUAAUAUGGUCCUUUUUUGGCGAUGCGAUGGAUUUAUCAAUUUUUCUGCCUCUUUUUUCCACAGGAAAGUAUUUUUUUUCACUUCUCUUUUAUGUGUCUCUAAUUUUGCAGCAUUCUGUAUGAAGAAAAGUAUUAGUUUUAAAACACUUUAGCCAGGGCUGAACAAAGACAUUGUGCUGCCUGGGUCCAAGGAUGAAAUACUGCCUCUCCCCCCCCCCUACCCCCACCCCCGUCACCAGAACUAUGGCACUUCCAUUAUGUUAUGCAGUGUGUAUAGUAAAUGCAAUGUCUGUGUAGGGGGAUGCAGUGUGUGUAGUGAAUGCAUUGUAUGUGUGUCUGUGUGUGUAUAGUGAAUGCAGUGUCAGUGAUUGUGUAGUGGAUGCAGUGUUUGUCUAGUAGAUGCCGUGUCAGUGUUUCUGUUGUGGAAGAAGUGUGUGUAGUGGAAGAAGUGUGUGUAGUGGAUGCAGUGUGUCUUGUGGAUGCAGUGUGUGUGGUGCUCAAGCAGUGUGUGUAGUGGACUGGAUGCAGUGUGUGUUAUAAAUGCGGUGUGUGUUGUGGAUGCAGUGUGUGUUGUAACUGUAGUGUGUGUUAUAAAUACGGUGUGUGUUGUGGAUGCAGUGUGUGUGGUGUGGAUGCAGUGUGUUAUGGAUACAGUGUGUGUAGUGGAUGCAGGGUGUGUUGUGAAUGUAGUGGGUGUAUUUGUGGGCUUGGACAAGGGCUGCAGGGGUGGGGAGCUUUGUUUUUUAAAAUUUAUAUCUAAGCUUAUUCCUUCCUCCCUGCCUCUUACCUGUGGUCAGGGAAGGUGGGCACUAGAUUACCUGAUGGUCUGGUGGCACAGCAUGCGUGUCUUGUGAAGAGAGGGCCCGUGAGUCUAAUCUCCACCUCCAACACAAUCAGCUCCUUUCCUCUCGCGAGUUGCAAGAGCGUUGCCACGGGUUGCCUUGGCAAUGCUUCAAGCGACACGUAAAACAUUCCGGAGCUUUGCUACGGCAACCAGUGGAAACGUUCUACCCCACAUUACUGGCAGGUCAGCCUGGUGUGGAUACAUGCCAGACUGAAUGACAAUCAUUUUAGCCUGCCCACUGAGGGCAGACCCUGCAGGAAGCACUAUUUCAGGGUGCAGGGUCCUAGUACCCUGAACAUAGCGCAAGCUUGUCUUAUGAUGUGCUCGCACUAAGAUUGUUGGCGACAGUAGUGCCAACCCUGCUUAUAUCUCUUAAGCAUCUCCUAUAAAUAUAUAUAUAUACACUCUGUAGUUGAUGUUCUAAUAUCUAGAAAGGCUUAUUAUUUCUGCUAUGGAUCCUCUCUUACAGUCAGGAGUGUGCGUCUAAUCUAUCCCAGCACCAUCUCUAUCUCUUGAUGUCUCUCUCAAAAGCCGCGUGUGUGUAUUAGCUUAGUCCUAGCUCUUCUCCUUUUGAAUUCAUAUGUAUAAUUAUACAUUGUGCUGAUAGCAACCCCUACCUGUGUUUAAUUUCCCCACUGCCGCGCGCAAUAUGUUGGUGCGUUAUAAAAUAAGGAAUAAUAAAAUGAUUAUCUACCUUCCUUGUUAGCUGUCUUGCAGUUUGGUGCCUGCUAUCUUCAAUGGAUUCUUAGAAACUGGAGCCCAGAGGCAGUGAAGAUCUGGCCCUGCUUUGAACCAUGCUACUCUUGUUUAAAGUGUUGUGAAAGAGGAGAGAUGACCUCGAUUUUUUUUUAUAUAUAAUAAUACCUUUCAAAGUCUAUUGAAAAAAACAGAGUGACUUAUACAAGCAGUCAUAUACCAUGGGAUACAAAAUAACAUGAACCCAAAAAUUCAUAAUUUACAAUGUGCAAUCACAUAAGGAAAAGAUAAAACAUCCAAAAAAAAAAAUUAUGGAUACUUUGCACUGUCUAUUCCGAUCAAUAGGCAAAAAUGGCGUCAGGAGACUGGUUCAUUUAUCAAUCUGGCGGAGUCCGCACUCACAAGGGAGUAAACGUCAAAGUUAUAGAUCGGUUAUAAAUGUGUAGAUAUGUUUGAAUAUACUGCUUAAAUAUCAGGGAAGGGGACAAAGAGGAAAUGAGAAAAAAGGAACAUUAUAAAACCAUGGCAGUAAAACUGGAAGGUUUUUAGGAAGCAGCACAAUGUACAUGGUGGCCUUAUCAGAACUUUAUUCUUUCGCUCAUGUUCAGCUGGGGACGGGGGCCAUCUCUGCCAUUUUAAUCAGUGCUUGAGGCGGAGGCGGGUGACAGAACGUCAGUCAAAACAACCACGUGGCCAUGGGAGAGUUGGCAAGGGAAACAGGGGGGCAAUUAUCCCAUGGUCCACUAAUAUAUAGGGUUUUGUGAGCUCUUUCUCUAUUGAUUUAAAGAAGGAAGCUGUGUUGGGAUGUCUGCUGGCAAGGUACUAUGAGAUUGUACAGGGGUUUUGCUAGCCAAGCGCUGUAUGCGUGUGGGUAGGGGCUUGUGACCACAAUAUCAAUGGAUUUGACUUAGUGAGUUUAUACCGUACAAAUAGGAGUUGUUGGGAUACAUUAUAUCUUACCAGGUUCAGCAUCCUCUAUCAGUCCAUAUCUCAUGUGCCACUUGUUUAACACCAUCAACAGAGAGUUCUGUGAGUUUUUUUGCACAAAAAGACACUAUUCAUUUGUAAUUGCAGCCAUCCCCCACACGUGGCACUGUAACUCUUGUAGUCAUGUAUUUCAGACACCCUCUUGAUCCAGUCUCUCAACGUGGGGGGGAUUUUACUCUGCCUCAAGAAACAGAGUAACACUCCUAUAGUUAACCCAAUUUUAUGUUUCUUUCCCCCUUCUGACAUCAUGUGGAAGGUUGCAUUGUACAAAACUUUUUUAUUAAGUACUUUAAUAUCUGUUCAAUAGUUUUUACCCAAAGCAGAAGCAUACCUUGGUUUGGAAUUUAUUUUGGAACCUUACCCCUGCACCACCUCUAGCCCCCUUUUUAUUUCAGAAAUUACACACCCGCACAUUCAUAUACAUACACAUAGUGCAUAAGCACUAGCAGCCCAAUGCUUUCCUGUAUGACACUAUAGCUGUUUGUAUACUGUGAGGGAAAAUGUGGUCUGGUAGUUGAUGGCAUAUACAUUAAGCCUGAUUUACUGAACAGCAGCCUGAGGUUUGAGAGUUAAAUGUCCCAGGGAGAGAUGUUAGGUUUGCAAGAUGCAUCACUGGUACACUGCAAACCACGGUAUGGGUCCCUGGGGCUGAGCACUUGGAGAGCAGGUUGGGCCCGUGCUCCAAUAGCACCAGCUUAAAAAAAAAUAUCCAGGUAAAUAUGGAAAAAAAAUAUCAUAAUUGCCUGUUUUUUCAGCAUGCAGAGUGAGGCAACUGUCUCAUGCAAAGCUAAAGCUCUUGAACAAGACAGUUAUCUCAAAGUGAUACAUGUCCCCUUAAGUUAUAUAGCGCAUUGAGAGGUGGAUUUAAAAUUAAUGUAACAUUGCAUUUAAGUGUUGCCACAAGGCUCAUUUUGAAAAAUGAUAACUAAUACGAUUAUGGACCUAUUCAAAAAGACUUAAAAAAAUAAAUAAAAAAAUUAUGGACCUUUUCCUUAAAAUGACUAAAAUGUAUAAUGAAUUUAAAGAGGCUUAUUGGCUCAAUGCUGAAUUGAAGGAAAUAAAAAUACUAAUCUAAAGUUGCAGCAAAUAUAGAUGAAAAUACUACAUCAUUUUGGACCUGAUCACUAAUCCAAAUGUAAACCUUUAUCCCACUUAUCCAUUUUGGCCCAAAGACGUAUUAUUUUCUAAUAUGAAAUGAAGUACAUGAAUAAUGUAUUAUAACUAUAACAUCUGUUUGUUUAUUCAUUAUUAUUUAAUCCCUACAAUUACUAUUGGUUAUUAAAUCUAGUUAAGGUGAUUUACAGGGUUAUUAACUAAGUUUGCGAUUAAAUCUGAUUUGUAAAAUUUACAAAUAGCCAAACAGUAACUAGAGACGUUUACUUAAUUUUUUUCCCAAAUCAGCUCUUUUAGCCUCAGUUUUAUAAUUCAGACUUAAUUUACUAAAAUUAUGUAAGUUUUUUUUUUAUAUAUAUAUAUAUAUAUAUAUAUAUAUAUAUCCUCUUAAAGAGUAGGUAGAUUAAAACCCUUCAAUCAUUAUUUAGGGGUAUAUUUUUAGUUUUAUUGCUUUUUAAUGCAUCAUUAUGCAUUAAUGAGGUAAUGUAUUAAAACAUGUAGUAACAUCUACCUUUAAGCCCCUUACAAAGCAUUGAAUGAUGGAUCACGCAUAUGGUUAAAAAGAGCACAAUACUCAACUGAGAUGUUGGAACGGUAUCUUGCAUUCAAACUUAUGGCAUUGAAGAUUGUCUGCAACAAAACCAUUAUCAAAGCUCUUACCUUUACCACAUAUAUUAAAGACCCAUUAAAGGAUUUUAGCUUCUUGAAGAGUGUGAAGAGUGUGUCCUGUUUUUUUUUUUUUUUCUCAUUUUGCUAAAAGUGCUGAUUUCAAUAGAAAUUGACACUUUUAUAAAUUACUCUUGUUACACCCCCCGGCUGUCAAUCACACAACCUGUCUUGUUACUUCCUGGUUUGGUUAGAUCAGUGGAACUAAAUUCAAGAGGCAGCAAUUACCCAGAGCCACCUGCCUUGUAAAGACUUCUCAUUGAGCUGUAUUGGAAUGUCUAAGAUUGGAUGUUAGAAGGGGGGUCUCAGCAAACCUUCAAGGAGGUCCUGGACUAAUUUCGUUCCUGUCUUUGCACUUUCUCAGCAUCCUCAUGGCCACCAACAGUCCAGGAUUUAUGUAUUCCCCUUUUUUAUUUGAAUGGAGAUACUGACAAAAUCGGGACUGUUGGUGGACUGGUUUGGGAACCACCGUCAUAGACAGCUUUUGAUUUCCUGCAAUACACACGAUAUAAAUGAGGUCAUUCUGGAUGUGAAAAGGUAAAUUAGGUCAAGUCACAAACUCAGUUUGGCAGGGCACUGGUAUGUAUUCUUGUCACUGGAGAUUUUACUUUUAAACUACAUAUGUUUUAUGGUGUAUAUAUAGUAGAGUUGUGCAUGGAAAUCAUUUUUCAUUCUUUCCGGUCAUUCUUUUAGUUUGUUUGUUUUUUUUCGGUUCUUCCAACAUUCGUCAUAUAGUCUUCAGUUUGUCAGAAAUUUUAAUUAUUUACCAAGCGUCGGGUGACCGUUAAUCUCUAUGGCUUGCUGUCAGCGCUAGCACCCAUCAGGCAAAUGCCUUACUUUCCCUUAGUGUCGCAAGUGUUAACCAUUUGGCUAGCCACAUUAUGUAGAACAAACUAAUUGGCCUAUAGGGGUCAAUAUGGCAGGCAAUUGUAGCAGAAAUGUAAGAGCUGUAUAGGCUGGUUCAGAAACAAGAUUGACAUUUUCAAAAGGUUACUCCAUCCACAAUGACAACUUCAGAGAAAUACUGCACUUACUAUGAUAUUUGUAAUUGUGUGUUGGAGCUAGUUGUACCCCUAGAACACAUGUCAUUGAUAGCCCAGAACUCUGAUCCAGGCUGACAAUGUCAAUUCUGUGCAUAUGUUAUGUCUGUUGUCACACUGACAACAGACGUAGAAAUCUACUACGUCUAUCCCUUUAUCUCCCUCGGUAUUUAUUUUUGAAUCCCUCCCCUUACCUCGGCAGCCCAGAGUGCACACACAUUCUCUGAGCCAGCGAAACGAACCAAUCAUAGGCUUUUCUAUGUGAUUGGAUUGUGCAAGGCCCCAGUGAUGUCAGAGGGGGCACAGAAGAUCAGUGCCAGGGGUUUCGCCCGGUGCUCAAUUCCAGAGGAGUAAAAACUUUUAUUUGCAAGUUGGAGGGCAAACGGAGUGGGAGACCUUCUCCAUGGUGCCCAAUAGAGCAUUUUCAUCAGAUAGUUCCCCCCCAUCCAAAAGGAUUGAAGUAACCCUUUAAGAACAUGGGUAGAGAUUCAGCCUUUCUUUAUGGAACGUUUAAAAAAAAUCAGGUAUUUCUCAAGCCGUGUUACACUGCUUUGGAUAAUCUGGCCUCAAUAUUAAUUAAAGGGACAUUCUAGGCACUCUAACAAACUCCAUCUCAUUGUACCAGGAGUCCCCUUGACCACACCUGCAUUCAGAGUUAAACCUUUAUUGAACAAUCUAGCAAUAAACAAGGGUCCCCGGCUGGUUUCAGUUUACGACAAAUUUAUAUUUCGUGAAUAAGUUUGUACAUCGUAUUCAUAUUAUUUGUCAUUAUAUGGUUUGCUUAACAUUUCCUUUCUCACACAAUAAAGAACCAUUAAUCUUUGGGAGAACGGUAUUGAAUUAUAGUCAUUUUGGUUUCACAGCAUGGGCCACAAACAAUGGCAAAUACAAAGCAGCCUUUUGAGGAAAUUAGUGCUGGCUGGAGAAAUGUUUGAGUUGGUGACAACUGCAGUCUACGUUUUCCCAUGAUGCACAGCAAGCAUGCACUCAAGCACAUUUUUUUCCCAUAAUUCCAUGCAGACACAAGGUGACAGGCAUUUCUCUCUAUGAUGUACAUAUGUAUAUGUGUUCACAUUCUGUGUGCAAAGCAUCAUGGAAUACCAAGUGAUUUGCAACAUAUGCCAGGCAGUGCCUUGACAACAUUAUAUAUGACAUACAGAAUUUUUUUUAAUUAAAACAAAGUGUUAUUUAGAAAAGAAAAAACUUUAAGCCUGCUGUUAGUUUUGUGAAAAUGGUGAAAUGUAAAAAAUAUACUAGUGCCAGUGUCAGUGGUGUUUAGAGGACCAGUUUUCUAGUUUAAAUAUUAAAAUAAAUUGUAGAACAGAUGACUGAAGAGGGUGCAUUUUAAAAUGAUUUGUGUUUGAAAAACCCACUACAGCACAUUGUUCUUACCCCAUAACAUUACAUUUCCUUGCCUGAUCGACUCGAAAUGACAGUAUAAUGACUCAAUUCUCAAUAUUCUGACCUUCUGAUUCUUUCUCAUCCUCUGCCAAAUUGUUUAACACAAUGCAAUUUUUGUUUGUCGUUCAAUGGAAAAUGAUAUAUAGUAUCUAUCUAGUUUUCCAAAAAGCAUUUGGUAGUCUUCCAGACUGGAAGCCAACCUGUAUAAUAAUUAUACUAUGACAACGGUAUAAGAAUUGUACUUAAAAGAACACUGCAGGCUCAGUUUAUCAUCAUUGUUAGGUAUUUUAAAAUUAAAUAAUUGUAAAAAAGAAUUACAUAAAAUUAGAAAAAUAUACCAUCUUUUGACCGUUUACAUCAUAGUCCUGGGUUUUGAUUAUUUUCCCAGUAACAGCAAAAAUAUAAGUUAACUUUGCAAGGAUAUGAAGUUAACAAUACGUCGAUGAAGUAUGCCGCCAUGUUCCUACAUUCUUGGUACGCCAGCUUCCCAUGGGGACGAGAGCGCAGACAAGUCUGGAACAAUGAAAACUGCCCAAAUCUGUAGACUGAGCCCCAAAGGGGAACGAUUCACAAAUAAAUCUCACAGAUUAUUUAAUUAUAAGGAUGGCCGAUAAAAAAGGGAAAGCACGGUGGAACAACGUUUUGUGCUUUACUAGCACGUAAUCAUAAGGUUACUCUACAAGUUAGUUUUAAAUAGUUUAUCUCACCAUCUUGUGUUUUCUGUAUAAUUAAAUUAUAAUGGAAUGAAUUGUCGAAUUUCUCAAGCCGAGGUCCUCUUGAGGAUUUCCAUGUGGAGUGUUCGUCUUUGAGGAUACGAUUACAAAUGUUUCCAGUGUUCACUUUUUCAAUAACAUUUCUCAACCAAUCCCAGUCUUCUUAUACAUUUUUUAUAGUAGACAUGUAUAUGUUAGAACUUCUCACUUCCAACAACAGCCAUUCACCCUGCAUUCAUUUGGGGAUAUUUAGAGAUACUUUUCUUUCUGCUCUGAUUGUAGUAAUUUGCACUCAAUAAAUUAUCUUCUUUGAAAUGGAUCCAUGUUGUGGAGUCAAAGCAGGAUUAAUCGUGACCCUAGGGCCCAGGGGUUAAACAGGGGCCCCAGAACCAUGAAUUAGCUUGGCCCAUUAACUAAUCCCUUUGUGAAGAAUGAAGGAGGGGCCCAAAACAAAAAAUGUUUUAUUUGAUUUCUGAACACAAAGCUUACAAUCAAAUGUUGGUUCAUGUAUGUUUCUCUUCUUUAUAAUAAACACCAGAAUGUGCUUUAUUGUAACAUAUACCUACUAGAAAUUAUUUUCUGCUCUUUAGGUGAAUGGAAAGGAACUUUCAAGACUUUCUCAGGAGCAGACGUUUGAGACUCUACGCACCACUAAAGAUCCUUUGCUGAUCCAAGUGCUUAGGCGGAGCCCUCGUAUGAAGGGGACACUAGCCACCUCUUCCCAGGACCUGCAAUUUGUGGACAGUGGCACACAGACGGACAUCACCUUUGAGCACAUCAUGACAAUGGGCAAAGCACGACCUCCUAGUCCAGCCAUGGUGGUCCUGGAACCUUAUGUACUCUCAGAGCUGUAAGUAAAGAAGAACUGAUGCCUUGAUAUGGUGUAUAAAUCCUAUAAAAUAUAUAUAUAUAAUGAUAUCACUAAUAUUGUGCAGAAUCUAAACUCCCAUAAUCACAAAUUCCAGUGUAUAACAUAAUCUUAAUCUUAUAAUCAUAACCUUGAAGUGAGCCAAGAAGACAUUGACUUCAGGACUGUGAUAUGAUGAAUGCAGUCCACAAAUUAUGUUUUUAAUAAGUGUCAACAUUAAUACUGGGAUUUGGCAAUUUGGCAAGAAGUAAAUAUAUAUCUAUUGAGUAAGGCAUCAAGUAGAUACAAGCUGCGGGUGAAAGUAAAAAGAAGAAAAAUUGGUACGUCUCGGAAUCUUUCUUCUCAUUGACAUGUGCAUUAGUCCAGAAAUGGUGGGGAAACACUGUUCUCUAGACUUUACAGCACACAGAAUAUUGCUUAGGCUUGCUAAUAUAUAAACACGUUGCAUAUCAUGGCCUUUAUUUGAUUACCUAUAGCCACUAGUGGUGCCACUAGCAGCGGCACUCCAGAUGUUGUGGACUACAUCUAUCAUGAUGCUUUUCCAGCAUUGUGGCUGUAAGAGUAUUAUGGGAGAAGUAGUUCACAAUAUUUGGAGUGCCGACGGUUGCCUAACCCUGCAUUACUGGAUUGUAUUUCCUCCACAGUUUGUAUCUGUUUUAUAGCAUUCUAUAUUAAAGCAGUGCAUAUCCAGUGCAAGUUCCAGGGGCGUGAUUCUUAUUCUUUAUUGUCUGUUAUAGAUACACAUCAAAAUAUCCAGUGAUUAGUUUAUUAUACAAGCAAUAUAAAGUAUAUUGUAUAAUGUCUUUAAUAAUGGAACUAUUGGACUUGUAGCACUAACAUUGAUUCCUCUUACAGCCCACCCAUCGGAAAUGAGUUUUACGACCAGGCAGCCUAUAUGGAUGGUGCGCAGCCCGAGGGAGAACGAACUGAUGAAUUGGAAUAUGAGGUGAGCCCCUACCUUCAUUUCAGGUUAUCUCCCACCUAUUGGGUUAUAUCUAUAUGAUACAGAUAUAGACUUGAUCUAUGUUGUACACUCUGAACUAUUUUGAUAUCUGUAAUGUCCCUAUCCCUGUUUCCUAACACGAUUCUGUCUUUAUCUUUAUUCCUGUAUCUAUUUUUCGUACUAGCCUCUAUCUGACAUGUUUUAUUGCUUUUUUAUCUCUGCCUCCCUACAAGCCAAUAUUACGUCUUAGGCUCGAUUCAAUCUGCUUAUCUGUCCUCACUCUAUUACACCUCAGCACCUAUCUGUCUAAUACUGUUACUGUUGCAGUUGUGUUUCCAUUUCAUUGUUCCAACGUACCUCAUACUAUACCUCUUAUUUCACUGCCAUCACACUGUGUCCUUAAUUCAUUAUGUCCCCCUAGUCCUUGCUAUGCAUUCAAGUGGUAUUCCUUCUCUCAUAUUUCUAUCCCACCAUCAUAACAUCAGACUAUCUACUGCUAUCAAUCUUCAUAAUGUAUUACUUUUUAACUUUUUGUCCAUGUCCUGUUUUUCUACACCUUUAUCCCACAGUCUGUAUUUUAUUCAUUCAUUCACAUUUUCCUUGCCACAUUUACUUAGUGCACUCAUACCACAUUAAUUUAUUGCAAUCGUGAAUCAUUAAUUUACUGAACCCAUGCCACAUUCACUAACUGCAAACACGCUGCAUUCACUUACAACAUCCGUGCCACAUUCACUUCCUGCACCCACACCACAUUCACUAACUGCAUUCACUUACAGCACCCACACCACAUUCACUUAUUGCACCCAUACCACUUUCACGCCAUAUUCACUAACUGUAUCCAUGCCACAUUCACUUAGUGUUAUCCACACCACAUUCACUAACUGCAUUCACUCCAUAUUUGCUUACAGCGCCCACCCCACAUUCACUUAUUGCACCCAUACCACUUUCACUAACUGCAUUCACGCCAUAUUUACUUAGUGCACCCACACCACAUUCACUAACUGCAUUCACUCCACAUUCAAUUACAGUACCCACACCACAUUCACUUAUUGCACCCAUACCACUUUUAAUUACUGCGUUCACUCCACAUUCACUAACUGCAUCCAUGCCACAUUCACUUUCAGAAGACAUGACUAUUUCACUUAGUAUGUUUAUGUCAACCUCACCGCAUUCGUCACUUUCACUUCUUUCAUACACCCCACCCUCCCUUUCACAUACUCCAUUCACACCACUUUUAUUCUUUCUGAGUAGAUGCGACUUAAGUACUACUCCCAUGUCAGUUUCACGGUCUCCAUCCAUGACAAGCUCCCUGUGUAUCUCUCUGGUUUUUUUUUUCUGUCUCACAUUAUCACCUUCUGUCUUUAUGCCCUUAUCAUUCCAUAUAUAUAACGUCCCCUAAUCAAAUCACCUUCUCUAGAUCUAAUUCUCUCUUACUCACUUAUGCCCUUUGUCAGUGAACAUUGCCCGCUCUGGGUCAAGUUUGAAUUUUCUAUAAGUCUUGACUAGUUUACAUGUGUCCUUCUUUCCUCCCUGUCUGCUGUGGCCUUCUGUUUGCUUGUUACAGGAAGUGGAAUUGUGCAAGUCAAACCAUUUGGACAAGCUUGGACUGACUGUGUGUUAUCGUACCGACGAUGAAGAGGACCUUGGGAUAUAUGUAGGAGAGGUACAAGGCUCUACUUUUUUUUUCACAGUUAUAAAGUAUACACCUUACUAUUCAUCACAAUGUUUUCACUCCCCAUUUUUUUUAAAGAAAAAAAAGUACUCACAACUGUAGCAUUUGGCAAGAGAAUCCAUCAGUCAGGAGCACUAUGGUUGUUUUUUUUAUUGCAUAAACUUUUGUUGCAAGAGUUUAUGGGAUAAGUCACUUAUCCUCCCCCUAAAAGCAAUUCCACUCAGCACAUAGGAUGAGUCGAACUGCACAAUGAAUAGCUCAAGGGUGUAAACAUAUAAAAAUAACUGAAACUGAGCAACUCAUUCCGUUUCAUGUUGCAUUAAUCACUAACAGGUUUAUUUACUAAAGUGAAAAUUCAAAGUGAGUUUAAAGUGAAUUUCAAACUUAAUGCUAUAGAAGCCGAACUGAAAGCAUACGUGACUUAGAGAAUAUUUUUUUACUUUGGCUAUUUUUACCUUAAAUUUGAAAUUAAUUUAGAAUUUUCACUUUAGUAAAUAACUGUCAAUAUUUUUCUUUUUGAGGCCCUUAACAUUAGGGCCUGUAAUAUGUGCUAGCUCCCGGAGAUCUCUUGGAUCUUUGGACCUGUAGUAUAUGCAACCUUCCUGAGAUCUCUUGGAACUUUGGGCCUGUACCAUGUGCUUCCUUCCUGAGACCUCUUGGAACGUUGGGCCUGUAAUAUGUGCUAGCUUCCUGAGAUCUCUUGGAAUUUUGGGCCUGUAGAAUGUGCUACCAUCCAAAGAUCUCUAGUUGAACACCUUUAGAUAGGCUAGUUCAGAAUAAUGUAUUUGAUUACAUUUUCUACCAGAAGAAACCAAUGAUGAGUCAAAAUAUAAACUGUUUCCCUGUAUAUACUCACUAACAGGUCAAUCCAAACAGCAUUGCAGCAAGAGAUGGACGGAUAAGAGAAGGAGACCGAAUUCUACAGGUAAAAUUGUCACGAGAAACAAUAAAGCAAAAAAAUUACCUUAUUCCAUUUACAUUGUUAGCAAUAAGGAAAUUGGAAAUAAAUGUGUCAAGUUGUAUCAAAACUUAAGUAAUGAUGUUGUCUGAUUCAGACUCUGACUUGCAUCAUGAGGUUCCCAUCUGGUGUUUUAAUUUUCCUAUUUCUGUUUCGAUAGUUUGUCUGCUCUGACCUAAUCGUGCUUGUUGACUGUAUUUCAAUUAAAAAAAAAGCAUUAAACUUCUAUCUAUCUUGGAGUGGACAAGCUGACCAUAGAAAGACAAGUAGUCCAGCAUCUCCUCAAAAAUUCAGAUUCCCCAUAUUAAAAUGCUUAAAUGUAUUCAAAGCAACAAUUCAACCUCAAACUAGGCCUUUCUCAAGAGACAAUGAAGGUUUGAAGAUCUGCUGUACUUGGUCUGUUCUUGUCGCUUACUAUACUGGUUUUGAACUGGAGUCCUGUUCCCUCUGAGGACCGUGCUUUCCUUAGGUUAGGAAAUAGGGAAGGCAGUCAAAAAAAAAAAAAACAAUGCAAAGUUAAAACCAAAAUGGUAAAGGUAGCAUGAUUGAAUGAUAACUAAAAUAAUUCUAAAUUAUACAACUUAAAAAUGAUUCACGAAAGAGGGUAAAAUAAGUUUGUUUUACAUGGAAAAACAUAAUUUGCCUAAAAAGAAAAAAAAAUUCCAUGUUUUGCCCCGAACAAUUAUAUGUUGAAAUCAUCCAUUCUUACAAAUCUAUCAGCCAGGGUCUAUCAACAAUAUCGUUUGUGGGAUGCUGACCUGGACUUUGUAAAAGGUUCCUCUCAUCCUCCUGAGAGCCUUUUUUCUUGGUCAGUUAAGUCCUCUGGGAUUGAAUAAUUCAUUAUCCAUUUAGCCCACAGCUUAUUCAAUUAAUAGGGCAACGACUAUAACAGUUCAGGGUGAAAAGUUGUCACAAAGGCAUACAGGAUUUUUACAGCUCGGAUGAAGCGCAUUCCAUGUUCUUUUAAUGUGAAAUAGCAUUUACUUAUGUGAAAACUGAUCACUUACAGACAAUCAAUUUUAAGAAACCUACCAACUUAUCAGUUGUAUGUUCUAAGGAACUCAAGAUAUCAUUGAUUAAUCUUUGUCUUCAUUUACAUUGCAGAUUAACGGUAUUGAUGUGCAAAAUAGAGAAGAGGCAGUGGCCAUUCUAACACAAGAAGAGAACACAAACGUCUCUUUAUUGGUAGCCCGUCCAGAGACAGAGGUAAGAGGGUGAUUAUUGUGCCUCUACCCCGAAACACUGCCAACUAUAUAAAGUUCUUGUACUCUCUCUCGCUGACUUAUGGAGUGCUAAAAAAAAUUAGAUGCAAUGUGUAAAAAAAAAAAAUUAGAUACAAGUUAUUAGUUAUAGGAAUUAUUUAUUUUUUUAAAUUAUAUUGUGUUGUGCUGGAUCGUACUAAAACAUACAGGUAAAUAUGUGAGACAACCACACCUUUUAUUAAAGGCAUGUAAGGGGAAAUUCACAGUACCACAGUAACUGUCACCUAAACCACAUCAAAUCUUAUCAGCAUUACUCGAUAAACGUAUGAUACUUGUACGUGUUACAAUGACACAGUGUCAUUGUUGAAGACAAUGUUCACUUUCCUCCUUAUCAGGUUAAACAGUUAUUGGGAUUCUUUCAACUACCUUUGUUUUAUUUUUUUUGUAGAUGGGCAGACGAUGGAAAGAUAGUGAUAGAGAGGACUUCCUUGAUGACCUAGUAUCGGAAAACGAAGAGGAACUUCAAGCACAGAGACUAAAUUCUCCACCUCAGCAACAGGUAGACAACAAAGGAAACAUGCCAUCCAAGCACUUUGUGGCAUGGCAAUAACAGUUAUUUUAAGAAUUGGUGACAGUUAAGUCCCACAGGUAUCUUUAGCCCUGCACUCAACCCAGGUUUCCAGUGGUCUAGUAGGUCUAAGGAUGUACAGCCUUAGGAGCACAGAGAUUUAUCCUUCCUGCUCCUAUUCAUAAGUGGUAUAACUCCACAAGAGGGACCCAUUAAAAAAAUAAUUUUGGUUGCCCUGGUCACCUCUGUCCCUUGUACUUAAUCAACCCCUCACUUUUUUUACACAUCAUUCUAAAUGUAGAAAAAUAAUGACUACGGUGAAGUUCAAUAAUUUUAGAUAUUUAUUGCUUAACACCUUACUGUUUCUUUAACUAGGCUCUGUGCUGUGCUCUGUGCUGUAUGAAAUCUAUUGCUCACAUCUGUUUUGUAAUUUACAUUUCACAGACAACUACAUCCAAACCAGUCUUUAACAGUGUAUAUUGUGAUAAAUACGUAUUUAUAUUAAGCUUUGACUAAUACAAUGUAUACAUGAAAAAAAUGAGGGGACAUCUAUAGGUAAAUGCUUUAUGUCUGUCAUAUUUUAUUUGCAUGUUGACAGCACAGUCAUGUUUUUAUAAUAUAGUAUAUGCAUGUUUAAUCAUACAGAUUUAUAAAUAUUCCAAACAAAAUUAUGUAGAAUUAUGUAGAAUGCCUUUUUAGUGUGAAUUUGUGUCUUUCAAUUUCCUGUUUGACCGGAUCUUCCUUUUAUCCUAGGUUGAGAAUGAGGCAGCUGAGCCCAGUCCCAAAUCUCCACGCCCUUUCCCUCUCCCUGCAGGCCUGAGUCGGAGUCAGGAACUGGACAGUGGAGUAGGGAGGACAGAUGAGAGCACCCGCAAUGAUGAAAGUUCUGAGCAUGACCUCCUGGGAGAUGACCAGACAAGCACUGCGAAUACUCCAGGCAGUCAGCGUCGCCUUCGGUUCCUACGUGGAGACUCCCAGCAUCCUUUGCAGUGCCGUGAGUUUCACCACAGCCUUGACUCUCUGUUGGCAGCAGAUGGCUCGACUCCUUACGGUGAGGCUCUGCCACCAGCUGCAGGGCUGACAGAUGUGGAAUAUGAGAGAUAUAGAGAACUUUUGGAAAUCACCUGUCAUCUGGAGAAUGGCAAUGGACCUGCCUUCCUAUACGCAUCUCGUCAGGGUGGCCUUGAUGUAAACCGCAAUGAGAGUGUCCUCCGUGAAAUGGCUGUACUCGAGGAAGAGCUACGACAUUUGGAGUUCAAGUUCCGCAAUGUUCUUCGAGCACAAAAGAUGCAACAGCUGCGGGAACGUUGCAUGAAAGCCUGGCUUCUGGAGGAAGAGGACAGUCUUUAUGAAUUUGUAGGUGGGGGCACUGCCAACAUUGAAGCCUCUACCAAGCUCCCAGAUAUUACUGAGUUGCCAGAAAGAUCAGACAAGGACAGCACUAGUGCAUACAACACUGGAGAAAGCUGCCGGAGCACUCCUUUAAUGAUAGAACCACCAAUACCCUUGGACAGUCCACUGAGGCGGAUUAAUGAUACAUCUGGUGCAUUAUGUCAGGCAGCAGAGGGCCUCUGUUCCAAUGCUAACAUUAACAGAGGACAUGUCAAAAAUGUUCCACCAUAUCCUGGUAGUCCUGAGCAUGUGUCAUCAAAAUUCCGCUCUCUGUGUCGUGAUGGACGGCACACAACAGAUGAGAGAUUGAGACGAGGAGCCAAGCCAGGAAAUGAGCUAGAUCGUGGUAGUCGAGAGAACAGCCCGUAUCUCAGCAGACGCCAGCGCUCCCAAGGAGGGGAACGUUACCGAAGCUGCCUGCAAUUAGCACAACAACGCAGCUUAGAUGAGCUGGACGGAGAUCCCACGUGCGUGAAGGGCAUAGGGGUCUCCCAUGGUACUCACCCCCAUGCAGAGCCACGUAUGGAGUGGAAGGUAAAGGUAAGAAGUGAUGGUACACGGUAUGUGGCCAAGCGCCCAGUGAGAGAUCGUCUACUGAAAGCCAGAGCCAUGAAAAUCAAAGAGGAACGUAGUGGAAUGACCACGGACGAUGACGCUGUGAGCGAGAUGAAGAUGGGUCGUUACUGGAGCAAAGAGGACAGAAAGAGGCAUCUAAUGCGAGCUCGGGAGCAGAGAAAGAGAAGGGAAUUCAUGAUGCAAAGCAGGUUGGACUGCCUGCGGGAGCAACAACAGCAACAGCAAGGGGUAGAGGGAAAAGGGGAGAUGAGCAUCAUUGCCCUCAGCCACCGCAAGACCAUGAAAAAGCGCAACAAAAAGAUUCUAGAUAAUUGGAUAACUAUCCAAGAGAUGCUGGCUCAUGGAACACGGUCAGCUGAUGGCAAGCGAGUUUAUAAUCCACUGCUCUCUGUCACCACUGUCUGAGCGGCAGCGAGGAUGUUUCAUACUCUCUUUGCCAAAUGAAACUCUUCUCUGACCUUCAUGUGCUCAUCUUAUUUACAGUCACUGCCUUAUCUCUAUUAUAUCAUCUUGAGUUGUCUUUGACUUUUAAUAUUUCUGUCUAACAUUGGGUCAUAUUUAUAUAAUCUCCCCUCUUGGUUCCUUUGUUCUCUGUUUUUUUGGGGGGUUAGGGGAGGAGGGCAGGAGGUGGGGGUUGUUUGUUUGUACUUUCUGUUCAAUUUCAUUUUGUUUUGUUCUUUGUCUUCCCCAUCCCGUUCAGUCAGAGGAACCUGGGAAUGGGUAUUUUAAUACAGGGUGAAUUCAAAUAGCAGCCAUUACUUGUAGAUUUCCAUCUUGAAAGAAAACAGCAUAUUUCAAAUGUUUUGUUUAGCGACUGGACCAAGUGUUAAUCAAACAAAGCAACAAGCUGUGGAAGACAACGUUGGAUUUUGAACACAAUUUAAAAUGUCUCCUACAUGGAGAGAACUUGGAGCACAAUUAAGUCAAACGGCUAACAAGCUAAAACUUUUCCAUGACCCUACAAUAUCGAAAGAUAUAUCACUACCAUGGAUUGCCCCACAGCUUGUUUAUAAAGGGGUGCUAGGAUCUGUUCGCAACUAGCCAAUACUUAAGUUGAGAAUCUGGGAACUACGAUAAUGCCAAUCAUAUUUUGAAAAUUGAACACUGCCAUCUGGUGGUGAAUGAGCACAUAGACAGCUAUAAUAAUGUUGGUCUGGUAUGAUUUUUCUGAUGGACCAUAGCACAAAGUUGAUGGUGGUUCGGGAAUUAGAAUUAUUGGACUUGCAGUUUGCCUUCCAGAUAUCACUGCACAUGUAGACGCUCUGUGCAGAAUCAUGUAUUAGAAAACUCAACCUGUCUGUUGUUGUUUAGAAUGUGAUAGUGACCUUUGUUUGAUCCUAUUUAUUGUUACAUUCCCACUAUUUUGUUUGUCUUGGAGUGGAUGUGAUAGACUGAGGAAAUGAUGAGAAGACACAUACUAGGUACGAGGUUUCAUAUGCUCAAUGCGCUCUUGAUGGACGGGCAAGAAUAGAUCAUGUACUCUCUCUGUCCUCAUCGUAUUCCUGAUUGUUUCCGAGCAACCUGGUGGAUUAUGAAGAGUAAACACUCAAACAUUUUCAGCAUUUUCCUCUGAAUGUCAAUGCUUUCAGCCUGUGUUUUUCAGGUCAAUAGUUCUAGAUAGGAUAUGAAAGCUCCGGGGAUUUGUUCAAUGUGGCUGAAAAGCUUUAAGGAUGCAUUGAUUAAAGGAACCCUUGGUACACAGUGAAGUGAACAAAGCAGCAUUACAAACUAUUAGAAGAACAUAGCUCUCGAAAAAAAAAAAUAUUGACGGUAUUACCAAAAUGUAAAAUGUGUACUAAAAAUGCACAAACAGGGUGUUGCAUUGCUCCUACAUACACAUUUUACUGUGUAGUCUUUUGUAGCGGUUCUCAAUCCCCGAGUCGAGACCCCAAAAUGAGUCUCACAUAUCAUCUUGGUGCUCUCUUGGUAAUGUUAGAUUCCUAAGGUCCCAGGCAUCUGCCCACAAUAAGCUAUUUACUGUAAUAACGUUGCUUUCUCUAGAGCAGUAGAGAGCCCUUGAUUACAACAAAUUAUUAAAUUAAAGGAACACUGAAAGCGAGAUGACCACUUGGAUUGAAGUGAUUAUGGUGCCUGUAGUCCGCAAGCAGUGGGUCCUAAAUCACUAGUAAAUGGUUUUCUCUAGGUUUAGUAAAGAUUCUCAGCCCUUGGUGGGCUGCCUGAAGUCCAGCCUCCAGUGACGAUAUAGCAUAGGUGGAGCUACGUUCCACUUCCAGAGCUACCAGGCAGUGAUUGGCUGUGAGCAUCAGUCAAUCACUGCCCCCAAUACCUGGUAUGGCGUGAUGCUGACUAUAACUGCGCCUCUGCCAUAUAAUCAUUUGAGACUGUUCUUCAAUCUUCCAGGGACUAAUAAUCUUUACUAAACAGUGAGCACACUAUUUAGAAGUGAUUCGGCUCCCAACACCUGCAGACACCAAGCCAAUGUCAAAUACAUAAUCUGAGUCCAUGACAAAACUGGUUGAAAGCCACUGACUUAUUAUAUGGACAUGCAAGAGUAUUCCAUAAACAUAGCAUAUCAGAAUUACAUUCAGAAUGAAGUGAAUGUGACCGAUACAUUCACCUACUGUUGCAGGAAAGCAGAAGCCCUAGCUCGCCAUAUAGACAUUUAUACCCAAUCCCGGUUAUGAGCACUGUGUACAUGCAAUAAAAUAUAAAGAAAAUACAAUACAUGCAUUAUAUCAUACAAAAUCCAAACAUGGACAGAGACAGCACUGAAAAACCAUCUGGCCCAUCUAGUGAGCCCAUUUUAGAAUGUUUUAUUUAUUUAUUUAUUUAGUCAGUCUCUUUAUGCCGCAAGUGUUCUUGAAUGAUUAUACUGUGUUAGUCUUUACCACUAGUCAGCUAUUCUAGGUAUCUACUACUCUUUCUAUAAAGUUGCAUUUUCUCCCAUUACCCAACAUUCAUUCAUCUCCCAACUUCAGACUCUGCUCCAGUGUUAGUGUUUAUCUUUUUUUUUUUUUUUUUUAUAAAUUCUUCCUUCUUGAACUUUAUUUAAGCCUUAAAGAAUUUUCCAAUAUCUAUCCUGUCUCCUCUCUCACUUCGCCUCUGCAAAGUUUACAUAUUAAGGUGUUGCAGCCUGUUCUGCUCUCUAACUUAGCACAAUCAUGCCACCAUUUAAAUUCCCUCUAAAUUGCAGUUUUUUCAAGUCCAGAUCUUUAGAUCUACAUCUACAGUUUUGUCGGUGAUUAAUCCAGUGCCAUUUGUACAUUUUUUUCUGUGGCAUCCCAUAGAAAUUGUGGUGUCAUUCAUUAGGGUUUGAAUAAAAUGGAGCAAUUGGACAACUAUUACAAUACAAAGUAUGGGAAUUUGGAAAUGUAUCAAGUGACAAACUGUCUCCCGAUUUGGACAAUUGGGGUAAUUCUUGGUUUUCCAUUGCUGGAUUUUUAAAUGCAAAAUUAUACAAUAAUGUCUCACUGUAUGCCAGCAAAGUAUUUAAAUUCAAUCAGGUAAAAGUAAAAAUUAAUACAAAUCUUGAGCCCUGGAUGUAGAUUCCUGUGGACACAGCAUUUAUGAUGAAUUGGCUACAUAAAAUCAAUAGAGGGAGACCUGACAGUCACUACAGGGCUUACCUCAGAAGAGCUAGUGGGCAUUUCUGUUUAGGAACUUCUGGUUCUCCAGCGUUGGUAGUGGACUUAGGGAAAAAAAUUUUUUGACUCCUUACAAUGUGUGGGUUACCAGGGUACUCCUGGCACCAUAACUGGUACAGCCAGCUUUUUAGCUAACAUUCCAUCCACUCAUUCUUUCUGAGUUCCAUCCUAUCAUAUACAGAUUAUUAUUUUGUUACUGUGGAACUGUGUCUGGAAGUAGCAGCUGGUAGAAACUUCUUCCAAGGAACAAAUUCUUUACCAUUUGCUCAUCCUCCAUUAUUACCAACCUAAAUACAUUUACAUUCAGUUCUAUGCUGCCCCAUAUCCUGCCACCCCUCACCUGCUUGUGACCCUAUGUCCAUGGCAUCUGUUGGCUGAGUUCUAUGAUAAAAUAACGUAUCCAUCACAGGUUUGCACACAGUCACUAUGUCACUAAUAGGGAGCAAACCUGACUAGUGCAUUAUGGGACCUUUUAACAUAAACUCCAUUGACCAACGUAGACACUGAAAACACCCAUUAGGCAAACAAAAACAUUCUCACAUUGAACGAUAGGGAAAUAAAAAUAAAGGGAUUCAUUACUAGUUCCGAGGCAGUAAGAGUUCUUGUUAACAGGCGCAGCCUAAACUGCUCUCAGAGGGAACAUUUCUACAAUAUAUUAGUUUUAUUUACUUUUUGUGUAUAUGAAAAAUGAUCUAAACAGAAUUACAGGACACAUAUUGGGUUUUAGUAAAAAUAAUAUCACAUUGAAAGCCAAACCAGAAAGGUAAAUAAACAGUGCCCUUUUUAUUUCCAUAAUAACAGUAAAGCUUUGAAAAUUGUAUUUGGAGAAUGCUGGUCCCUUCUUCACUUAUCAGUAUUUCUGCAGACAUUUUUACUAAUGGCUCAUUUUUUCCCAGGUCAGGAGAUUAUAACCAUUGAUCACUGUAGCUGUUACUGAACUACAACUUUCAUCGCACCCAGGCGGCUCCAGGAUUGCAGUGGUUAUUAGGUUAUCCAAUCAUUUCAAUGCAUAUUUGGUAGGCUUAACAUACUUUGAUACUUGAGAGUGCUGUCUGGUGUCUGACAGUGUAGUUAAUAGGGUCAAUUUGUGAAAUUAAAGGAAUAUUUCAAGCACCGUAACCAAUAGCACCGGAACCAGCAUGUGCCCUGGCACCCGAUCCCCCAUGUAAUGAGUCAAAUCUUUUUAGAAAAGUUUGACAGGCACUGCUCCCUACCUCUGCUACUUCCUAGGUAGAGCUGGGAGCUUUAUCUGAGUGAAGCUCAACGGUGUAUGGGUCAGCUCAUUGGCUGAGAAUAAUCUAUCUACGUACUUAACCAAUGAGGUCAGGGUUAGGCUCAGGAGAGCUACGAAAGCUCCUGGCCAGGAACUUACCACUUUUCAUCGGAAGGAGUGGAGGAAGGCGGGUAAAAAGUCAAACAAUUCUAAAACAUUUUGAGUAGUACAGCUGUAGUUGUAAGGGGGGUUUGAAAUGUUCCUUUAAUCAUUUAGUCACGGCAGUUGCUUUUUUAUGUCAGCUGUGAUUACUUCAAUGAUUACACACAGGGGUAGCAAUUUUAAUCCCUACCUCAGAACAAUUAUUCAUAAUUGUACCAAAAUUUACGAGAGGUUCCUUAUCACCAUUCCAUAAUAAUAAAAACGCUUAGCUUCCACUGCGAGAGGAGUAGUUGAGGAAUAAAAGGAGAAUAUGUACCAUUUUUAUGAGACCAGCACAGCCUUUUCUACUUUAUACCUGUUUUCCUAUGUCCCUGCACACCUCAUAUACUCAUGGAGUAGACGGUGACUGAGAGAGAUGUAGAUAAAUAUCUUGCCUUUGGGAUGUUUGGGUUCUUUAAAAUUAUCAUUGCUACUGUGUCUCAUUUUCUCUCUGAUACUGGGUCGAGAAUCUUAAUAAACUGUUACAUUUCUG